AUGACUACUCAAGCACCGACGUUUACGCAGCCGUUACAAAGUGUUGUGGUACUGGAGGGUAGUACCGCAACCUUUGAGGCUCACGUUAGUGGUUCUCCAGUUCCUGAGGUGAGCUGGUUUCGGGAUGGCCAGGUUAUUUCAACUUCCACUCUGCCCGGCGUGCAGAUCUCCUUUAGCGAUGGCCGCGCUAGAUUGACGAUCCCCGCCGUGACUAAAGCCAACAGUGGACGAUACUCCCUGAGAGCCACCAAUGGAUCUGGACAAGCGACUAGUACUGCUGAGCUUCUUGUGACAGCGGAGACAGCACCACCCAACUUCGCUCAGCGGCUGCAGAGCAUGACUGUGAGACAAGGGAGCCAAGUGCGGCUCCAAGUGAGAGUGACUGGAAUCCCUACACCUGUGGUGAAGUUCUACCGGGACGGAGCUGAAAUCCAGAGCUCCCUUGAUUUCCAAAUUUCUCAAGAAGGCGACCUCUACAGCUUACUGAUUGCAGAAGCAUAUCCUGAAGACUCCGGGACCUAUUCUGUAAAUGCCACCAAUAGCGUUGGAAGAGCCACUUCCACUGCAGAAUUGCUGGUUCAAGGUGAAGAAGUAGUACCUGCUAAAAAGACAAAGACAAUUGUUUCGACUGCUCAGAUUUCAGAAACAAGACAAACCCGGAUUGAAAAGAAAAUUGAAGCCCACUUUGAUGCCAGAUCAAUUGCAACAGUUGAGAUGGUCAUAGAUGGUGCCUCUGGACAGCUGCCACAUAAAACACCUCCCAGGAUACCCCCUAAACCCAAGUCAAGGUCUCCAACACCACCUUCCAUUGCUGCCAAGACACAGCUGGCCCGACAGCAGUCCCCAUCACCAAUAAGACACUCCCCCUCGCCAGUGAGACACGUGCGGGCACCAACCCCAUCUCCGGUCAGGUCCGUGUCCCCAGCAGGGAGGAUCUCCACUUCCCCUAUCAGAUCUGUUAAGUCUCCACUGCUCAUUCGCAAGACUCAGACAACCACCGUGGCCACGGGCCCGGAGGUGCCUCCGCCUUGGAAGCAAGAGGGCUACGUGGCCUCCUCAACUGAGGCUGAGAUGACAGAAACGACAAUGACAAGUUCUACCCAGAUCAGAAGAGAAGAGCGAUGGGAAGGGAGAUACGGUGUCCAGGAGCAAGUGACCAUCAGUGGCGCGGCAGGCGCUGCCGCCAGUGUGUCGGCCAGCUCUUCGAUCACUGCAGGAGCUGUCGCUACUGGGGCUAAGGAGGUGAAACAAGAAACGGACAAGAGUGCAGCUGUUGCGACUGUUGUUGCUGCGGUUGAUAUGGCCAGAGUGAGAGAACCAGUUAUCAGUGCUGUAGAGCAAACUGCUCAGAGGAAAACCACGACUGCUGUGCAUAUACAACCUGCUCAAGAACAGGCGAGAAAAGAGGUGGAGAAGACAGCUGUAACCAAGGUUGUAGUUGCCGCCGAUAAAGCCAAAGAACAAGAAUUAAAAUCAAGAACCAGAGAAGUGAUUACAACAAAACAAGAGCAGAUGCACAUAACUCAUGAGCAGAUAAGAAAAGAAACUGAAAAAGCCUUUGUACCAAAGGUAGUGAUCUCCGCAACAAAAGCCAAAGAGCAAGAAACUAGAACUACCGGAGAAAUUACUACAAAACAAGAGCAAAAGCAAAUAACUCAAGAAACAAUGAUGAAGGAAACUAGGAAAACAGUGGUACCCAAAGUCAUAGUUGCUGCGCCCAAGAUUAAAGAGCAAGAUUUAGUAUCCAGAACUAGAGAAACCAUCACUACCAAAAGAGAUCAAGUUCAAAUAACUCAGGAAAAGAUGAAAAAGGAAGCUGAAAAAACUGCCUUGUCUACGAUAGCAGUUGCUACUGCUAAAGCCAAAGAACAAGAAACAGUUCUGAGAUCUAGAGAAGCCAUGGCAACUAGACAAGAACACGUCCAAGUUACCCAUGGAAAGGUGGGUGCUGGGAAAAAGGCAGAAGCUGUGGCCACCGUUGUAGCUGCUGUUGACCAGGCCCGGGUUCGAGAACCCAGAGAGCCUGCACGUGUAGAGGAGUCAUACACCCAGCAGACCACAUUGGAGUACGGCUACAAGGAACACAUUUCCACCCCAAAGGUGCCUGAGCAGCCCCAGCGCCCAGCCUCAGAACCCCACGUUGUCCCUAAAGCAGUCAAGCCUGUCGUGAUUCAGGCUCCUUCUGAGACUCAUAUCAAAACUACUGACCAAAUGGGAAUGCACAUAUCAUCACAGGUCAAGAAAACUACAGAUAUAUCAAGUGAAAGAUUGGUCCAUGUGGAUAAACGCCCCCGCACAGCAAGCCCUCACUUUACUGUUUCAAAAAUUACUGUACCUAAGACAGAACAUGGAUAUGAGGCAUCGAUAGCCGGAAGUGCUAUCGCCACACUACAAAAAGAGCUGUCUGCCACAUCUUCUACUCAGAAGAUCACCAAAUCGGUGAAGGCACCCACUGUGAAGCCUGGAGAGAUGAGAGUAAGGGCAGAGCCCACCCCUUCCCCACAGUUCCCCUUCACUGACAUGCCGGCGCCAGAUACUUACAAGAGUCAGGCUGGCAUUGAGGUGAAGAAGGAAGUUGGAGUGAGCAUUAGCGGCAGCACUGUUCGUGAGGAACACUUCCAAGUACUGCAUGGGCGCGAAGCCAAGGUAACAGAAACUGCGCGCGUGCCUGCACCUGCUGAAGUCCCUGUUACUCCACCUACCUUAGUCUCGGGCUUAAAAAAUGUGACUGUCAUAGAAGGUGAAUCUGUCACCUUGGAGUGCCACAUCUCUGGAUACCCGUCUCCCAAAGUGACAUGGUACAGAGAAGACUACCAAAUCGAAAGUUCCAUUGAUUUCCAGAUAACCUUCCAGAAUGGAAUUGCUCGUCUCAUGAUCCGAGAAGCCUUUGCAGAAGACAGUGGACGGUUUACCUGCAGUGCCAUGAACGAGGCUGGCACCGUCAGCACUUCCUGCUAUCUUGCUGUGCAAGUGUCAGAAGAGUUUGACAAGGAAACAACUCUGACUGAGAAAUUUGCCACAGAAGAGAGACGCUUUGUCGAGUCACGAGACGUGGUAAUGACUGACACCAGCAUCACAGAGGAGCAGGCAGGGCCUGGAGAGCCUGCUGCACCUUUCUUCAUUACAAAGCCAGUGGUCCAGAAACUGGUGGAAGGUGGGAGUGUGGUGUUUGAAUGCCAGAUCGGUGGCAACCCAAAGCCCCAUGUCUACUGGAAAAAAUCUGGUGUUCCUCUCACCACUGGAUACAGAUACAAAGUGAGUUAUAACAAACAAACUGGUGAAUGCAGACUGGUAAUUUCAAUGACGUUUGCUGAUGAUGCUGGAGAAUACACUAUUGUCAUCCGUAAUAAGCUUGGGGAAACUUCAGCGUCUGCCUCCUUACUUGAAGAAGCUGAUUACGAGGCACUGGUGAAGUCCCAGCAAGAAAUGCUUUACCAGACACAAAUGAGUACAUUUAUUCAAGAACCCAAAGUGGGGGAAAUCGCGCCUGCUGGAUUUGCAUAUUCUGAAUAUGAAAAGGAGUAUGAAAAGGAACAGGCCUUAAUUAGGAAGAAAAUGGCCAAAGACACUGUGAUGGUCAGAACUUUUAUAGAAGACCAAGAAUUCCACAUUUCUUCCUUUGAAGAGAGGCUCAUUAAAGAAAUUGAAUACAGAAUAAUAAAGACUACUUUGGAAGAGCUUCUUGAGGAAGAUGGCGAAGAAAAGAUGGCAGUUGACAUUUCUGAAUCUGAAGCUAUUGAAUCAGGAUUUGAUAUAAGAUUAAAAAAUUAUAGAAUUCUUGAAGGGAUGGGUGUCACUUUUCAUUGCAAGAUGUCUGGAUAUCCAUUACCUAAGAUUGCAUGGUAUAAAGAUGGCAAGCGCAUCAGACAUGGGGAAAGAUAUCAAAUGGACUUUCUACAGGAUGGCAGAGCCAGUCUUCGAAUUCCCGUUGUCCUUCCCGAAGAUGAGGGCAUCUAUACUGCAUUUGCCAGCAAUGUGAAAGGAAAUGCAAUUUGCUCAGGAAAGUUAUAUGUGGAGCCUGCUGCACCAUUCAGUGCUCCAACUUACAUGCCAACACCAGAAGCAGUUAGCAGAAUCAGGUCUGUCUCUCCACGUUCAGUGAGCAGGUCACCCAUACGUAUGUCUCCUGCAAUGUCCCCUGCACGGAUGUCCCCAGCUCGGAUGUCCCCUGCUCGGAUGUCCCCUGCACGGAUGUCCCCUGGACGCAGGCUGGAGGAAACAGAUGAAUCACAACUGGAGAGACUGUAUAAGCCAGUCUUCGUGCUAAAACCUGCUUCUUUCAAGUGUUUAGAAGGACAGACUGCCAGAUUUGACUUAAAGGUUGUGGGUAGACCCAUGCCAGAGACAUUCUGGUUUCACAAUGGACAGCAAAUUGUCAAUGAUUAUACACAUAAAGUUGUCAUUAAAGAAGACGGAACUCAGUCACUGAUUAUUGUCCCUGCAUCACCCAGUGACUCUGGAGAAUGGACAGUGGUUGCCCAAAACAGGGCAGGAAAAUCUACAAUAUCUGUGACUCUAACUGUGGAAGCUGUGGAACACCAGAUAAAACCAGCAUUUGUGGAAAAACUGAAAAAUAUCAACAUAAAGGAAGGUUCCAGGCUUGAAAUGAAAGUCAGAGCUACAGGGAACCCCAACCCUGACAUUGUGUGGCUGAAAAAUAGUGACAUCAUUGUACCUCAUAAAUACCCAAGGAUCAGGAUUGAAGGAACCAAAGGAGAAGCCGCCCUUAAGAUUGAUUCCACUCUCGGCCAAGAUUCUGCCUGGUAUACUGCCACUGCUAUUAAUAAGGCAGGCCGCGACACCACAAGGUGCAAAGUCAAUGUUGAGGUUGAGUUUGCUGAGCCUGAGCCGGAAAGAAAACUGAUCAUCCCACGAGGGACAUACAGAGCAAAGGAGAUUGCUGCCCCAGAACUGGAGCCUCUCCAUUUGAGAUACGGUCAAGAGCAGUGGGAAGAGGGGGACCUCUACGACAAGGAGAAGCAACAGAAACCGUUUUUCAAGAAGAAACUCUCUUCCCUCAGGUUGAAGCGCUUUGGACCCGCCCACUUUGAAUGCAGACUCACACCAAUUGGUGACCCAACAAUGGUGGUCGAGUGGCUCCAUGAUGGAAAGCCACUGGAGGCAGCCAACAGGCUCCGUAUGAUUAAUGAAUUUGGAUACUGCAGCCUUGAUUAUGGAGUUGCAUAUAAUAGAGACAGUGGUGUCAUCACAUGCAGAGCCACUAACAAAUAUGGGACAGAUCACACAUCUGCUACGCUUAUCGUAAAAGAUGAGAAAAGUCUAGUGGAAGAAUCUCAAUUACCUGAGGGGAAGAAAGGCCUACAGAGAAUUGAAGAACUAGAGAGAAUGGCUCAUGAAGGUGCACUUACAGGUGUAACAACAGAUCAAAAGGAAAAGCAAAAGCCAGACAUUGUCUUGUUCCCAGAGCCAGUGAGAGUGCUUGAAGGAGAGACAGCCCGAUUCCGCUGCCGAGUAACAGGCUACCCUCAGCCCAAGGUCAACUGGUACCUCAAUGGACAGCUCAUCCGUAAAAGCAAAAGGUUCAGGGUUCGCUAUGAUGGCAUUCAUUAUCUGGAUAUUGUGGACUGCAAAUCCUACGAUACAGGUGAAGUCAAGGUCACUGCAGAAAACCCUGAAGGCGUGACAGAGCAUAAAGUAAAACUUGAAAUCCAACAGAGGGAGGAUUUCAGAUCUGUCCUCAGGCGAGCUCCUGAGCCAAAGCCUGAGUUUCACGUACAUGAACCAGGAAAACUUCAGUUUGAAGUGCAGAAAGUAGACAGACCCGUUGACACCAGUGAAGCCAAAGAAGUAGUGAAGCUGAAAAGGGCUGAAAGAAUCACCCAUGAAAAGGUGUCCGAGGAGUCAGAAGAACUGCGCAGUAAAUUUAAGCGCAGGACGGAGGAGGGGUACUAUGAGGCUAUCACAGCUGUGGAACUUAAGUCUCGAAAGAAGGAUGAAUCCUAUGAAGAACUCCUCAAGAAAACAAAAGAUGAGCUGCUACAUUGGACCAAAGAGUUAACUGAAGAGGAGAAGAAAGCCCUCGCCGAAGAAGGCAAAGUCACUAUUCCAACUUUCAAACCUGAGAGGAUUGAACUUAGCCCUAGUAUGGAGGCACCCAAGAUCUUUGAACGAAUCCAAAGCCAGACAGUUGGCCAAGGAUCUGAUGCCCACUUUAGAGUCAGAGUUGUGGGGAAACCAGACCCUGAAUGUGAAUGGUAUAAAAAUGGUGUAAAAAUUGAGCGGUCUGACCGAAUCUACUGGUACUGGCCAGAAGACAAUGUUUGUGAACUGGUCAUAAGGGAUGUUACUGCAGAAGACUCUGCCAGCAUCAUGGUAAAGGCCAUCAACAUAGCUGGAGAAACUUCAAGUCAUGCAUUCUUGCUUGUCCAAGCUAAACAAUUGAUCACUUUCACACAAGAAUUGCAAGAUGUUGUUGCUAAGGAAAAGGACACCAUGGCAACAUUUGAAUGUGAAACUUCAGAACCAUUUGUCAAAGUAAAAUGGUACAAAGAUGGUAUCGAAAUUCAUGCAGGAGAUAAGUAUAGGAUGCACUCUGAUCGAAAGGUUCACUUCCUGUCUGUGCUGACCAUCGACACAUCUGAUGCCGAAGACUACAGCUGUGUACUUGUGGAAGAUGAAAAUAUCAAAACAACAGCGAAACUUAUUGUGGAAGGUGCAGUUGUUGAGUUCCUGAAAGAACUUCAGGACAUAGAAGUCCCAGAAUCAUACUCAGGAGAGUUGGAGUGUAUUAUAUCCCCUGAAAACAUAGAAGGCAAAUGGUAUCACAAUGAUGUGGAGCUAAAGUCCAAUGGCAAAUACUCAAUUACAUCCCGCCGUGGGCGCCAAAACCUCACAGUCAAGGAUGUAACCAAAGAGGACCAGGGAGAGUACAGCUUUGUUGUCGAUGGGAAGAAGACAGCCUGUAAACUGAAGAUAAAACCCCGACCUAUUGCGAUUCUCCAAGGACUUAGUGAUCAAAAGGUCUGUGAGGGUGACAUUGUUCAGCUUGAAGUCAAAGUCUCCCUAGAAAAUGUGGAAGGCAUCUGGAUGAAAGAUGGCCAGGAAGUGCAGCACAAUGACAGGGUUCACAUUGUGAUAGACAAACAGUCCCACAUGCUGCUUAUUGAAGACAUGACCAAAGAGGAUGCUGGGAAUUACUCCUUCACUAUUCCUGCCCUCGGACUCUCUACCAGUGGGCAUGUCUCUGUCUAUAGUGUUGAUGUGAUAACACCACUAAAAGAUGUCAAUGUGAUUGAAGGCACCAAGGCUGUACUUGAAUGCAAGGUCUCAGUCCCUGAUGUAACUUCUAUUAAAUGGUACCUCAAUGAUGAACAAAUCAAGCCUGAUGACCGUGUGCAAUCCAUUGUCAAAGGCACCAAACAGAGACUUGUGAUUAACCGAACUCAUGCAUCUGAUGAAGGACCUUACAAGCUGAUGGUUGGCAGAGUGGAAACCAGCUGUAACCUCUCUGUAGAGAAAAUUAAAAUCAUCAGAGGUCUCCAUGACCUGACGUGCACAGAAACUCAAAAUGUGGUCUUCGAGGUUGAGCUGUCCCACUCAGGAAUUGAUGUCUUAUGGAAUUUUAAGGGCAAGGAAAUUAAGCCCAGUUCUAAAUAUAAAAUUGAAGCUCAUGGCAAGAUAUACAAACUGACAGUCAUGAAUAUGAUGAAAGAUGAUGAAGGAGAAUAUGCAUUUUAUGCUGGAGAAAAUACAACAUCUGGAAAGCUUACCGUGGCAGGGGGCGCCAUCUCCAAGCCACUCACAGACCAGACGGUAGCCGAAUCCCAGGAAGCUGUGUUUGAGUGUGAAGUUGCCAACCCUGAGUCUGAGGGUGAGUGGCUCAAGGAUGGAAAACCCUUGACUCUGAGCAACAACUUCAGAAGUGAAUCUGAUGGCCACAAAAGGAGACUUGUCAUUGCUGCUGCCAAGUUAGACGAUGUGGGAGAAUACACCUACAAGGUGGCCACCUCCAAAACAUCUGCCAAGCUGAAAGUCGAAGCUGUCAAAAUUAAGAAGACUCUGCGGAACCUCACAGUGACAGAGACACAGGACGCUAUCUUCUCUGUCGAACUUACACACCCAGAUGUCAAAGGUGUCCAGUGGAUAAAAAAUGGAGUCGUUCUGGAUUCCAGUGACAAGUAUGAGAUCUCAGUCAAAGGAACAUUAUAUUCUCUGAAGAUUAAAAACUGCACCCUGGUAGAUGAAUCUGUCUAUGGCUUCAAACUUGGAAGGCUAGGAGCCAGCGCCAGGCUGCAUGUAGAGACUGUCAAGAUCAUUAAAAAACCAAAGGAUGUGACUGCCCUGGAAAAUGCUACUGUUGCCUUUGAAGUCAGUGUCUCCCAUGACACAGUUCCGGUGAAAUGGUUCCAUAAGAAUGUGGAGAUUAAGCCAAGUGACAAGCACAGACUGGUCUCAGAGAGGAAGGUCCAUAAGCUGAUGCUGCAGAAUAUCUCCCCGUCUGAUGCUGGGGAAUACACAGCCAUGGUGGGGCAGCUGGAGUGCAAAGCAAAGCUGUUUGUAGAGACACUGCAUGUCACAAAGACUAUGAAAAAUAUUGAGGUUCCUGAAACCAAAUCUGCCUCUUUCGAGUGUGAAGUGUCCCACUUCAAUGUCCCUUCCAUGUGGCUGAAGAACGGUGUGGAAAUAGAGAUGAGUGAAAAGUUCAAGAUUGUUGUGCAAGGCAAACUCCACCAGCUGAUCAUCAUGAACACGAGCACUGAGGACUCGGCAGAAUACACAUUUGUUUGUGGCAAUGACCAAGUCAGUGCAACCCUGACAGUGACCCCAAUUAUGAUUACAUCCAUGCUGAAAGACAUCAAUGCUGAAGAAAAAGACACUAUAACUUUUGAGGUGACAGUAAACUAUGAAGGCAUUUCUUAUAAGUGGUUAAAGAAUGGUGUGGAAAUCAAAUCGACUGACAGGUGCCAGAUGAGAACCAAGAAGCUCACCCACUCACUGAACAUCAGGAAUGUUCACUUUGGAGAUGCUGCUGACUACACUUUUGUGGCUGGCAAAGCCACAUCAACAGCUACCCUUUAUGUUGAAGCUCGUCAUAUCGAAUUUAGGAAACACAUUAAGGACAUUAAGGUUCUGGAGAAGAAACGAGCCAUGUUCGAAUGUGAGGUUUCUGAGCCUGACAUUACUGUCCAGUGGAUGAAAGAUGGCCAAGAGCUUCAGAUAGCAGACAGGAUAAAGAUUCAGAAGGAGAAAUAUGUCCACCGCCUUCUGAUCCCAUCUACACGGAUGUCCGAUGCUGGGAAGUACACAGUGGUGGCAGGAGGCAACAUGUCCACUGCUAACCUCUUUGUAGAGGGCAGGGAUGUCCGCAUCCGUAGCAUUAAAAAGGAGGUUCAGGUCAUCGAGAAGCAGCGUGCUGUCGUUGAGUUUGAGGUCAAUGAAGAUGACGUGGAUGCCCACUGGUAUAAAGAUGGCAUUGAAAUCAAUUUCCAAGUUCAAGAACGACACCAGUAUGUGGUGGAGAGAAGAAUCCACCGGAUGUUUAUAUCUGAAACCAGACACAGCGAUGCAGGCGAAUACACCUUUGUGGCAGGAAGAAACAGGAGUUCUGUGACUCUCUAUGUCAAUGCUCCUGAACCACCCCAAGUCCUGCAGGAGCUCCAGCCUGUCACCGUGCAGUCCGGCAAGCCUGCUCGUUUCUGUGCUGUGAUAUCAGGCAGACCACAGCCCAAAAUUUCCUGGUACAAGGAAGAGCAGCUGCUCUCUACUGGCUUCAAGUGCAAGUUUCUCCACGAUGGACAGGAGUACACUCUUCUGCUCAUCGAAGCCUUCCCAGAGGAUGCGGCUGUCUAUACCUGUGAAGCCAAGAAUGACUACGGAGUAGCCACAACCUCAGCUUCUCUUUCUGUGGAAGUUCCAGAAGUUGUGUCUCCAGAUCAGGAAAUGCCAGUUUAUCCCCCUGCCAUUGUCACUCCACUUCAGGACACAGUCACGUCUGAGGGGCGGCCAGCACGUUUCCAAUGCCGAGUUUCAGGGACAGAUCUAAAAGUGUCUUGGUACUGCAAAGACAAGAAAAUCAAGCCAUCUCGGUUCUUCAGAAUGACACAGUUUGAAGACACCUACCAGCUAGAGAUUGCUGAGGCUUAUCCAGAGGACGAAGGGACGUACGCUUUCGUUGCUAAUAAUGCUGUGGGCCAAGUGUCCAGCACCGCCACCCUGCGACUGGAAGCCCCUGAAUCCAUUUUACAUGAGAGGAUUGGACAGCAGAUUGAAAUGGAGAUGAAAGAGAUUGCUAGUAUUCUGUCUGCCAAGGAAGAAUUUCAAACCCAUAGUUCUGAUCUCCACUUCCGUAACGUGAAUGAGACGCUUGAACUUUUCUCUGAGCCUGCAGCUCAUUCCACUCAGUGUGAUUCCAGACAGGAAGGCAGUGCCCCCGUUUUCAUCAGAGAAGUAUCAGAUGCCGAAAUAAGCAUUGAAGAUGUAGCUAAAUUGUCGGUUACUGUCAUCGGCUACCCCAAGCCUAAAAUCCAAUGGUUCUUUAAUGGACUGCUCCUAAGCCCUUCUGCUGACUACAAAUUUGUCUUUGAUGGAGAUAACCACAGCCUGAUCAUUCUGUUUGCCAGAUGUGAGGAUGAGGGGGAGUACACAUGCAUGGCCAGUAAUGAAUAUGGAAAAGUUGUGUGUAGUGCCUACCUAAAAAUAACCCCAAAAGGAGACAGGUGCAAAGAUGUGGAAUCGGAAGUGGAGAAAGCUCUGGGAAAGUCUGAAGGGCCUUGUCCUCCUUACUUCUUCAAGGAGUUAAAACCAGUCCACUGUGCUCCAGGGAUCCCUGCUGUCUUUGAGUACCUGGUACAUGGAGAGCCUGCCCCUACUGUUUUGUGGUUCAGAGAAAACAAGCCGCUUCAUACCAAUGUUUGUUACACCAUCAUUCACAAUCCUGAUGGCUCUGGGACCUUUAUUGUUAAUGACCCCCAGAGGGGAGACAGUGGCCUGUAUGUCUGUAAAGCGGAGAAUGUGUGGGGAGAGUCCACCUGUGCUGCCGAACUUCAUGUGCUUCUGGAAGAAACAGAUGUGACUGACUCCUCCCGUCAAGCAGAGUCCACAUCAGGAGUGCCUAGUGAUUUUCAGGAAACAUCAGCAAGGGGCCCUUCAGAUCAGGCAUUUGACUCCCAGCAGGAAAUUACAGCUUUUGUCAAGGAUGCCAUUUCCAAAGCUGCUCUAAUUACAGAAACGCUGCAGCUUUCUCGUGAGCAAGAUGUUGACAGUGGUGAACUGAGUACUGGGGUGACUACAGGGGCUCAGAAGCUACAACCCAUUGUUCUAUCCACUCCUGGGAACACUGGGGAACUUCCUUCCAUUGACAGUCCUGUUGACACACAGCCAGACAAAGAACCACCUCCUACUUUACAGUUGCAGCCUGCCCAUCCUCAGAGAACCCUUCCCAGAGAAGACACUCUACAGCUUGAAGAGCCUGAGAACACCUUACCAAGUGCCUCAUCUGCAGCACAAGUGGCUGGCGAAACCCUUCAGCCAGAAGCAAAGUUAGUCUCUGAAGUGGACAAAGAGCAAAGAGCUCUCCUCCUGUGUCAGAGCUUAGCUGAGGGAUAUGUGGAAAGUCUAGAUGGUCCUGGUGUUGUGAUCUCUAAUGUGAAUCUUGAGCCCCGGGUGCCUUUGGAACACACAUGCACAGAAGAAAGCAAAAUCCUGAUGGUGAAUGCAGACUCACUAGAAAGCGCAGGGCAAGAUGUUGCAGAGAGGACUGAGGAAGACAAGUCCCUAAGCUUCCCACUAGCCCUUGAGGAAAAGCAGGUCCUACUCAAGGAAGAACAAUCAGAGAAUAUGACAGCACCCGCCAGCCAAACCUCUAUGUCUAAGAAAGAGCCAGAGGCCAUAAAGGGAGUGAUAGAGGUACAGGGAAGUGACUUGCUUGCUAAGGAAACUUUGUUUCCUGGUAUUCCCGACGAGCAGCGAUUACAUCUGAAAACUCAGGUCCGCAGGGCUUUGCAAGCUGCAGUGGCCAGUGAGCAAGGCAGUCUUUUCUCUGAGUGGCUAAGAAACAUUGACAAGGUGGAGGUCAAGGCUGUAGACUUCACUGAGGAGCCCAAAUGUGUCCUGUGCACCUACCUUAUUACUUCAGUGAAGUCACUAACUGAAGAGUUAACCAUCACUAUUGAAGACAUCGAUCCUCAAAUGGCUAACCUAGAAACGGAACUUAAGGAUGCCUUGUGCUCCAUUAUAUGUGAGGAGAUAAACAUCUUAACAGCUGAGGAUCCCAGAAUUCAGAAAGAAGCCAAAGUCGGUGUGCAGGGUGGAAUAGACCAAGCUUCAGAUGUACAGAAAGUUGAGGCCACUGUAGAACCAGAAGUUCAAUCAGAGUAUCUUGUCUCCAAAGAAGAGGUCAGUUGUCUGAAUGUGCAAAGUCAGUUCAAAGACGGAGAUAAGGAUGCAGUUCUACAGGCCAAGACUCUGAAGCCAGCAGAAGAGCACGGCACCCAGAAGGCCAGUACCGUAAAGUCACAAGAAACUGAUGGUACCUUAGCUCAAGAUUGCCCUACUGUACUUAAACACUUAGUGGAUACCAUUUCUGAGGAAGGCGAUACUGUCCAUCUUAUGGCAUCCAUAUCAAAUGCGAAGGAGGUAAACUGGUAUUUCAAGGGUAAACUGGUGCCUUCAGAUACAAAGUUCAAGUGUUUACAAGAUCAGAAUGCCUAUACCCUGGUAAUUGCCACAGUAAAGGCAGAGGAUGAAGGGGAAUAUGUCUGUGAGGCCUCAAAUGACAGUGGAAAAGCUACAACAUCAGCAAAGCUCACUGUCGGAGAAAGAGUCGCCCCUGUGAUCAAAAGGAGAAUUGAGCCCCUGGAAGUAGCUCUGGGUCACCUAGCCAAAUUCACCUGUGAGAUCCAAGGUGCCCCCAACGUCCGGUUCCAGUGGUUCAAAGCUGGCAGAGAAAUCUAUGAGAGUGACAAGUGUUCUAUUCGAUCUUCAAAUUAUGUCUCCAGCCUGGAAAUCCUGAGAACCCAAGUUGUCGACUGUGGCGAGUAUACCUGCAAAGCUUCCAAUGAGUAUGGCAGUGUCAGCUGCACGGCCACUCUGACUGUCACAGUGCCUACAGCUGAAAAGAAAGUUCGCAAAUUACUUCCUGAGCCUAAGCCCCAGCCAAAGGAGGAGGUGGUCCUGAAAAGCGUUCUAAGAAAGAGACCUGAAGAAGAAGAACCUAAAGUAGAGCCUAAAAAAGUAGAAAAAGUUAAAAAACCAGAAGUGCCACAACCUCCUCCAAAAGCUGUCGAAGAAGUCGAAGCUCCUCCAGAGCUUACACCAAGGGAAAGGAAAGUUCCAGAACCAACCAAAGUUCCUGAAAUUAAGCCAGCAAUACCUCUCCCUGGACCUGAACCAAAGCCAAAGCCUGAACCAGAGGUGAAAACCAUGAAACCACCACCCAUGGAGCCUGCACCCACUCCUAUUGCUGCCCCGGUGACAGCACCGGUAGUCGGAAAGAAAGCAGAAGCCAAACCUAAGGAUGAAGCAGCCAAGCCUAAAGGUCCCAUCAAAGGUGUAGCCAAAAAGACUCCUUCACCAAUUGAAGCUGAAAGGAAAAAGCUCAGACCAGGAAGUGGUGGGGAGAAACCUCCUGAUGAAGCCCCAUUCACCUACCAGCUGAAGGCUGUGCCCCUGAAAUUCGUGAAAGAAAUUAAAGACAUCGUCUUGACAGAGGCAGAGUCUGUGGGCUCUUCUGCCAUCUUUGAAUGUUUGGUCUCCCCAUCCACUGCCAUUACAACCUGGAUGAAGGAUGGUAGCAACAUCCGUGAGAGCCCGAAGCACAGAUUCAUCGCAGAUGGUAAAGACAGAAAGCUGCAUAUCAUUGACGUUCAGCUCUCUGAUGCUGGUGAAUACACCUGUGUGCUACGUUUGGGAAAUAAAGAAAAGACCUCCACAGCCAAGCUCAUUGUAGAAGAACUUCCUGUUCGUUUUGUGAAAACACUGGAAGAGGAAGUCACGGUGGUCAAGGGACAGCCAUUGUACUUGAGUUGCGAGUUGAACAAAGAGCGAGACGUGGUCUGGAGGAAAGAUGGCAAGAUCGUGGUGGAGAAACCAGGCAGGAUUGUGCCAGGUGUCAUUGGCUUGAUGCGGGCCCUGACCAUCAAUGAUGCAGAUGAUACUGAUGCUGGAACAUACACUGUAACUGUGGAAAAUGCCAACAAUCUGGAAUGUUCUUCCUGUGUAAAAGUAGUAGAAAUCAUCAGGGAGUGGCUGGUGAAACCUAUCCGAGACCAGCAUGUGAAGCCCAAGGGGACGGCUGUCUUCACCUGUGACAUCGCCAAGGACACACCAAACUUUAAGUGGUUCAAAGGAUACGAUGAGAUCCCCAUGGAACCAACUGACAAAACUGAGAUACUGAAAGAGGGAAACCAUCUCAUUCUCAAAAUUAAGAAUGCUAUGCCAGAAGAUAUCGAUGAGUAUGCAAUAGAGAUUGAAGGGAAAAGAUACCCAGCAAAGCUGACGCUUGGAGAGCGUGAUGUUGAGCUGCUUAAACCAAUAGAAGAUGUCACCAUUUAUGAGAAGGAAAGUGCCAGCUUUGAUGCAGAAAUCUCAGAGCAAGACAUUCCUGGGGAGUGGAAGCUGAAGGGAGAACUUCUGAGGCCCUCGCCUACUUGUGAAAUCAAAGCUGAAGGUGGAAAACGCUUCUUAACUUUGCAUAAAGUGAAACUGGACCAAGCUGGUGAAGUCCUCUACCAGGCCUGCAAUGCAGUCACAACGGCCAUUUUGACAGUCAAAGAAAUCGAACUUGACUUUGCCGUACCCCUGAAGGAUGUGACUGUCCCAGAGAAGCGACAGGCUCGCUUUGAGUGUGUCCUCACCCGAGAGGCAAAUGUCAUAUGGUCUAAAGGGCCUGAUAUAAUCAAGGCAUCUGACAAAUUUGAUAUCAUUGCUGAUGGAAAGAAACAUAUUCUUGUCAUCAAUGACUCUCAGUUUGAUGAUGAAGGAGUCUAUACUGCAGAGGUGGAGGGCAAGAAGACAUCAGCACAGUUAUUUGUGACAGGCAUACGACUGAAGUUCAUAUCGCCUCUGGAAGAUCAAACCGUAAAAGAGGGUGAAACAGCAACUUUUGUUUGUGAGCUCUCUCAUGAAAAAAUGCAUGUAGUCUGGUUCAAAAACGAUGUCAAGCUGCACACAACCAGGACGGUGCUCAUGUCCUCUGAAGGGAAGACUUACAAACUGGAAAUGAGAGAGGUGACGCUGGAUGACAUCUCACAGAUCAAAGCUCAAGUGAAGAACCUCAGCUCCACAGCCAAUCUGAAGGUGUUGGAGGCCGAUCCCUACUUCACUGUGAAAUUACACGACAAGACCGGUGUUGAGAAGGAUGAGAUCAUCCUCAAGUGUGAAGUGAGUAAAGAUGUACCCGUGAAGUGGUUCAAAGAUGGGGAAGAGAUCGCGCCUUCGCCCAAGCACUCCAUCAAGACAGACGGCCUGCGCCGAAUCUUGAAGAUCAAGAAAGCCGAACUUAAAGAUAAAGGCGAAUACGUGUGUGACUGUGGCACAGACACCACCAAGGCCAAUGUCACUGUUGAAGCUCGACUCAUAAAAGUGGAAAAGCCGCUGUACGGAGUGGAAGUGUUUGUGGGUGAAACGGCCCGCUUUGAAAUUGAACUGUCUGAGCCUGACGUGCAUGGCCAGUGGAAGUUAAAGGGAGAGCCUUUGACUGCUUCUCCUGACUGUGAAAUCAUCGAGGAUGGGAAGAAACACGUCCUGGUUCUUUAUAACUGUCAGCUGGAUAUGACCGGGGAGGUUUCCUUCCAGGCUGCCAAUGCCAAAUCAGCAGCCAACCUGAAAGUGAAAGAAUUGCCGCUCAUUUUCAUCACACCUCUUAGUGACGUCAAAGUCUUCGAGAAAGACGAGGCUAAAUUUGAGUGUGAAGUAUCUAGGGAGCCCAAAACCUUCCGCUGGCUAAAAGGAACCCAGGAAAUCACGGGUGAUGACAGGUUUGAACUCAUCAAGGAUGGCACCAGGCAUUCAUUGGUGAUAAAGUCAGCUGCUUUUGAAGAUGAAGCCAAAUACAUGUUUGAAGCUGAGGACAAACGUACCAGUGGCAAAUUGAUCAUUGAAGGAAUCCGGCUCAAAUUCCUAACCCCGCUCAAGGACGUGACAGCCAAAGAGAGGGAAAAUGCUGUGUUUACAGUAGAGCUGUCCCAUGACAACAUCCCAGUGAGCUGGUUCAAGAAUGACCAGCGCCUGCACACCAGCAAGCGAGUCUCCAUGCACGAUGAGGGGAAAACACACUCUAUCACGUUCAAAGACCUGUCUAUUGAUGACACCUCCCAAAUUAAAGUGGAGGCUAUGGGGAUAAGUUCAGAAGCUAAACUCACCGUGCUGGAGGGAGACCCAUACUUCACAGGGAAGCUUCAAGAUUACACAGGUGUGGAGAAGGAUGAAGUGGUUCUUCAGUGUGAAAUCAGCAAAGCAGAUGCACCUGUGAAAUGGUUUAAGGACGGGAAGGAAAUAAAGCCAUCGAAAAAUGUUGUUAUUAAGGCUGACGGCAAGAAGAGGAUGCUGAUCCUCAAGAAAGCCUUGAAAUCCGAUAUCGGCCAGUACACCUGCGACUGUGGGACAGACCAAACCUCUGGAAAGCUUGACAUUGAGGAUCGGGAAAUUAAACUGGUGCGACCCCUGUACAGUGUUGAGGUGAUGGAGACUGAGACGGCACGCUUUGAAACAGAAAUCUCUGAAGAUGAUAUCCAUGCCAACUGGAAACUCAAGGGAGAGGCGCUGCUCCAAACACCUGAAUGUGAAAUUAAAGAAGAAGGCAAGAUACACGUUCUCAUCUUACACAACUGCCGUCUGGACCAGACUGGUGGCGUAGAUUUCCAAGCUGCCAAUGUCAAAUCCAGUGCCCAUCUCCGAGUUAAGCCACGGAUAAUUGGUCUUCUGAGGCCUCUAAAGGAUGUCACAGUGACUGCAGGGGAAACAGCCACCUUUGACUGUGAGCUCUCUUAUGAGGAUAUUCCAGUGGAAUGGUACCUCAAAGGGAAGAAACUGGAGCCUGAUGAUAAGGUGGUGACACGUUCAGAAGGAAGAGUUCAUACACUCACCCUCAGGGAUGUGAAGCUAGAAGAUGCAGGAGAAGUCCAGCUGACAGCAAAGGAUUUCAAAACUCAGGCCAAUCUCUUUGUGAAAGAACCCCCAGUUGAGUUCACUAAGCCUCUUGAAGACCAGACGGUCGAAGAGGAGGCCACUGCAGUCCUGGAGUGUGAAGUGUCCAGAGAAAAUGCCAAGGUGAAAUGGUUCAAAAAUGGAACAGAAAUCCUCAAAAGCAAGAAGUAUGAAAUCAUCGCUGAUGGCAGGGUCCAAAAACUCAUUAUACAUGAUUGCACCCCUGAGGAUAUCAAAACGUACACUUGCGAUGCUAAGGAUUUUAAGACUUCCUGUAACCUGAAUGUUGUUCCUCCUCAUGUGGAAUUCCUAAGACCACUCACGGACCUUCAAGUUAAAGAAAAAGAAACAGCUCGGUUUGAGUGUGAAAUUUCCAAGGAAAAUGCCAAGGUUCAGUGGUUUAAAGAUGGUGCUGAAAUUAAAAAGGGCAAAAAGUAUGACAUCAUUUCUAAGGGAGCAGUACGAAUUCUUGUCGUCAACAAAUGUCUGUUGAAUGAUGAAGCAGAAUAUUCCUGUGAAGUGAGGACAGCCAGAACUUCCGGCAUGCUGACAGUUCUUGAGGAAGAAGCUGUCUUCACAAAAAAUCUUGCCAACCUUGAAGUUAGUGAAGGAGACACUAUCAAACUAGUGUGUGAAGUCUCCAAGCCCGGGGCAGAAGUGAUCUGGUACAAAGGGGAUGAGGAGAUCAUAGAAACAGGAAGAUUUGAAAUUCUUACUGAUGGAAGGAAGAGAAUCCUGAUAGUUCAGAACGCACAGCUUGAGGAUGCAGGCAGCUACAACUGUCGACUCCCAAGUUCUCGGACAGAUGGCAAAGUCAAAGUCCAUGAACUUGCUGCUGAAUUCAUCUCAAAGCCUCAAAACCUUGAAAUACUUGAAGGAGAAAAGGCCGAGUUUGUCUGCACAAUCUCAAAGGAAAGCUUCCAAGUUCAGUGGAAGAGGGAUGAUCAGACACUGGAACCUGGCGACAAAUACGACAUCAUUGCUGAUGGCAAGAAGAGAGUCCUCGUAGUGAAAGAUGCCACAUUACAAGACAUGGGCACUUACGUAGUCAUGGUUGGGGCUGCCAGAGCUGCAGCUCACCUGACAGUCAUUGAAAAACUCAAGAUCAUAGUUCCUCUUAAGGACACCAAGGUAAAAGAACAACAAGAGGUUGUCUUCAACUGUGAAGUCAAUACUGAAGGUGCCAAAGCCAAAUGGUUCAGAAAUGAAGAAGCCAUAUUUGAUAGUUCAAAAUACAUCAUUCUCCAAAAAGACCUGGUCUACACUCUCAGAAUCAGAGAUGCACGCUUAGAUGACCAAGCCAAUUACAAUGUGUCUUUGACUAAUCACAGAGGUGAAAAUGUUAAAAGCGCAGCCAAUCUAAUAGUGGAAGAGGAAGACCUGAGGAUUGUUGAGCCUCUUAAAGAUAUUGAAACAAUGGAGAAGAAAUCGGUCACAUUCUGGUGUAAGGUGAAUCGUCUCAACGUAACACUCAAGUGGACCAAAAAUGGAGAAGAAGUGGCUUUUGACAACCGCAUAUCAUAUCGAAUUGAUAAGUACAAGCACUCUCUAAUCAUCAAGGACUGUGGCUUUCCAGAUGAAGGUGAAUACAUUGUCACUGCUGGACAAGACAAAUCGGUUGCAGAGCUGCUUAUCAUCGAAGCCCCAACAGAAUUCGUGGAGCACCUGGAAGACCAGACAGUCACAGAGUUUGAUGAUGCUGUCUUCUCCUGCCAGCUCUCCAGAGAGAAAGCCAAUGUAAAAUGGUACAGAAAUGGAAGAGAAAUCAAGGAAGGCAAAAAAUACAAAUUUGAAAAGGAUGGAAGCAUACACAGACUCAUCAUAAAGGACUGCAGGCUGGAGGAUGAGUGCGAAUACGCUUGUGGCGUGGAGGACAGGAAGUCCCGAGCUAGACUUUUUGUAGAAGAAAUCCCUGUUGAGAUUAUCAGGCCUCCUCAAGAUAUUCUUGAAGCCCCUGGUGCAGAUGUUAUCUUUUUGGCUGAGCUCAACAAAGAUAAAGUGGAGGUUCAAUGGCUUAGAAAUAAUAUGGUUGUUGUCCAGGGUGACAAGCACCAGAUGAUGAGUGAAGGAAAGAUACACAGGCUACAGAUCUGUGAUAUUAAGCCACGUGACCAGGGUGAAUACAGAUUCAUUGCCAAAGAUAAAGAAGCCAGGGCUAAACUUGAAUUAGCAGCUGCACCUAAAAUCAAGACAUCUGAUCAGGAUCUCGUGGUUGAUGCUGGGCAGCCCCUGACAAUGGUAGUGCCCUACGAUGCCUACCCCAAAGCAGAAGCUGAAUGGUUUAAAGAAAAUGAACCUCUGUCUACAAAAACUGUAGACACUACAGCUGAGCAGACUUCUUUCAGAAUCUUAGAAGCCAAAAAAGAAGACAAGGGGAGGUAUAAAAUCGUGCUUCAGAACAAGCAUGGAAAAGCAGAAGGCUUUAUCAAUUUACAAGUUAUUGAUGUUCCUGGGCCAGUCCGUAACUUAGAAGUCACAGAAACAUUCGAUGGUGAAGUAAGCCUCGCUUGGGAAGAACCAUUAACAGAUGGUGGGAGCAAAAUCAUAGGUUAUGUUGUUGAACGGCGUGAUAUCAAGAGAAAGACCUGGGUUCUGGCCACUGACCGAGCAGACAGCUGUGAGUUUACUGUCACAGGACUACAGAAAGGAGGAGUAGAGUACCUAUUCCGUGUGAGUGCAAGGAACAGAGUUGGCACUGGGGAACCAGUAGAAACUGACAAUCCUGUGGAAGCCAGGAGCAAAUAUGAUGUUCCAGGCCCUCCUUUGAAUGUCACCAUCACUGAUGUGAAUAGAUUUGGUGUCUCACUGACAUGGGAGCCACCAGAGUAUGAUGGAGGUGCUGAAAUCACAAACUAUGUGAUUGAAUUGAGAGACAAGACUUCUAUCAGGUGGGACACUGCCAUGACUGUAAGAGCUGAAGACCUAUCAGCAACAGUCACUGAUGUGGUUGAAGGACAGGAGUAUAGCUUCCGUGUCAGAGCCCAGAACAGAAUUGGAGUUGGGAAACCAAGUACAGCCACACCCUUUGUCAAAGUUGCUGAUCCAAUAGAGAGACCAAGUCCUCCUGUGAACCUAAGUUCCUCAGAUCAGACACAAACAUCAGUGCAGCUCACAUGGGAGCCUCCUCUGAAAGAUGGAGGCAGCCCAAUAUUGGGCUAUAUAAUUGAAAGAUGUGAAGAAGGAAAAGACAAUUGGAUUCGCUGCAAUAUGAAACCUGUCCCUGAACUGACUUACAAGGUCACUGGAUUACACAAAGGGAACAAAUACUUAUACAGAGUAUCUGCAGAGAAUGCAGCUGGUGUUUCAGAUCCAUCUGAGAUCCUUGGUCCUCUCACAGCUGAUGAUGCCUUUGUUGAACCAACAAUGGAUUUGAGCGCAUUUAAAGAUGGCCUGGAAGUUAUAGUCCCAAAUCCCAUCAAGAUCCUGGUUCCAAGCACAGGCUAUCCAAGACCAAAAGCAACCUGGACUUUUGGAGAUCAAGUACUAGAAGAGGGGGAUCGAGUAAAAAUGAAGACCAUAUCAGCCUAUGCUGAACUUGUCAUUUCUCCAAGUGAACGGACAGACAAGGGUAUUUACACACUCACAUUAGAAAAUCCCGUGAAGUCGAUUUCUGGAGAAAUUGAUGUCAAUGUCAUAGCUCCCCCAAGUGCACCCAAAGAACUGAAAUUUAGUGACAUAACAAAGGAUUCUGUACACUUGACUUGGGAACCACCAGACGAUGAUGGAGGAAGUCCACUAACUGGAUAUGUUAUUGAAAAGAGAGAAAUGAGCAGGAAAACAUGGACUAAAGUUAUGGACUUUGUGACUGAUCUAGAAUUCACAGUUCCUGAUCUUGUUCAAGGAAAGGAAUAUCUAUUCAAGGUCUGUGCUCGAAAUAAGUGUGGCCCUGGAGAACCUGCAUAUACUGAUGAACCUGUAAAUAUGUCUGCUCCUGCAACGGUACCUGACCCACCAGAGAAUGUUAAAUGGAGAGAUAGGACUGCCAAGAGCAUCUUCCUAACAUGGGAUCCUCCUAAAAAUGAUGGUGGUUCGCGCAUCAAAGGAUAUAUAGUUGAAAAGUGCCCACGUGGUUCUGAUAAAUGGGUUGCCUGUGGGGAGCCUGUUGCAGACACAAAAAUGGAAGUGACAGGUCUCGAGGAAGGCAAAUGGUAUGCCUACCGCGUGAAAGCCUUGAACAGGCAAGGUGCUAGCAAGCCAAGCAAACCCACGGAAGAGAUCCAGGCAGUGGACACACAGGAGGCUCCUGAGAUCUUCCUUGAUGUGAAACUCCUUGCGGGGCUCACUGUGAAAGCUGGAACGAAGAUUGAGCUCCCUGCCACUGUGACUGGAAAGCCUGAACCUAAAAUAACUUGGACAAAGGCAGAUAAAGUUCUGAAGCCAGACCAAAGAAUCACCAUUGAAAACGUUCCUAAGAAGUCCACAGUGACAAUCACAGACAGUAAGAGAAGUGACACGGGCACAUAUAUCAUAGAAGCUGUGAACGUCUGCGGCCGGGCCACUGCUGUGGUGGAAGUGAAUGUCUUGGAUAAACCCGGACCACCAGCUGCUUUUGACAUCACAGAUGUGACCAAUGAGUCAUGUCUUCUGACAUGGAACCCACCAAGAGAUGAUGGUGGAUCUAAGAUCACCAACUACGUUGUGGAGAGAAAAGCAACAGACAGUGAUGUAUGGCAUAAGCUCUCAUCCACUGUUAAGGACACAAACUUCAAGGCAACCAAAUUAACACCCAACAAAGAGUACAUCUUCAGAGUUGCUGCAGAGAACAUGUAUGGUGUUGGUGAGCCAGUGCAGGCUGCUCCAAUAAUAGCCAAAUAUCAGUUUGAUCCACCUGGACCUCCAACUCGCCUAGAACCAUCUGACAUCACUAAAGAUGCAGUGACACUCACAUGGUGUGAGCCAGAUGACGAUGGUGGCAGUCCCAUCACUGGAUACUGGGUAGAAAGAUUAGAUCCUGACACUGAUAAAUGGGUCCGAUGCAAUAAGAUGCCAGUAAAGGACACAACAUAUAGAGUGAAAGGUCUUACCAAUAAGAAAAAGUACAGAUUCCGUGUGCUGGCUGAAAAUUUGGCUGGACCAGGAAAACCAAGUAGAUCAACUGAACCAAUCUUAAUAAAGGAUCCCAUAGAUCCUCCAUGGCCCCCUGGAAAACCAACUGUAAAGGAUGUAGGCAAAACAUCAUUAGUAUUGAACUGGACCAAGCCAGAACACGAUGGAGGGGCAAAGAUUGAGUCUUAUGUCAUUGAGAUGCUGAAGACUGGAACAGAUGACUGGGUCAGAGUGGCUGAGGGGGUCCCAACCACUGAGCAUUUGCUCACAGGGCUAAUGGAAGGGCAGGAAUACUCAUUCCGAGUAAGAGCUGUCAACAAAGCUGGAGAGAGUGAACCCAGUGACCCCAGUGACCCUGUGCUUUGCCGGGAGAAACUAUAUCCUCCAUCACCACCUCGUUGGCUUGAAGUGAUUAAUAUCACAAAAAAUACAGCUGACCUAAAAUGGACAGUUCCUGAGAAAGAUGGAGGGUCACCCAUCACCAACUACAUUGUGGAAAAGAGAGAUGUGAGACGAAAAGGCUGGCAAACAGUGGACACCACUGCCAAGGAGACCAAGUGCACAGUAACCCCACUGACAGAGGGCUCUUUGUAUGUGUUCCGAGUUGCUGCAGAAAAUGCCAUAGGACAAAGUGACUACACUGAAAUCGGAGAUUCUGUCCUGGCCAAAGACACCUUCACUACCCCUGGACCACCCUAUGCCCUGACAGUGGUUGAUGUGACAAAACGACACGUUGACCUAAAGUGGGAGCCACCUAAAAAUGAUGGUGGAAGACCAAUACAGAGAUACAUCAUUGAGAAGAAAGAAAAAUUAGGCACCCGUUGGGUAAAAGCUGGAAAGACCUCAGGCCCCGAUUGUAACUUCAGGGUAACUGAUGUCAUCGAAGGGACAGAAGUUCAGUUUCAAGUUCGGGCAGAAAAUGAAGCAGGAGUUGGUCACCCAAGUGAGCCCACAGAAAUCCUAUCAAUUGAAGAUCCGACAAGUCCUCCCUCACCUCCUCUUGAUCUGCAUGUGACUGAUGCUGGGAGAAAACACAUUGCCAUUGCUUGGAAACCUCCAGAGAAAAAUGGUGGCAGUCCUAUCAUAGGCUACCAUGUUGAAAUGUGUCCAGUAGGCACUGAGAAAUGGAUGCGAGUUAAUUCUCGACCAAUAAAAGAUUUGAAGUUCAAAGUUGAAGAGGGAAUUGUUCCUGACAAAGAAUAUGUUCUGAGAGUGAGAGCUGUCAAUGCUGUUGGAGUCAGUGAGCCAUCUGAAAUCUCUGAAAACGUGGUUGCCAAAGACCCAGACUGCAAACCAACAAUUGACCUAGAAACUCAUGAUAUUGUUGUUAUCGAAGGUGAAAAGUUAAGCAUCCCUGUGCCCUUCAGAGCUGUCCCAGUUCCAACUGUGAGCUGGCAUAAAGAUGGCAAAGAAGUUAAAGCAAGUGACAGAUUAACAAUGAAGAAUGACCACAUCUCUGCACACCUUGAGGUUCCUAAGAGUGUCCAUGCAGAUGCUGGAGUUUAUACCAUCACCCUGGAGAAUAAGCUUGGCUCAGCGACUGCUUCAAUCAAUGUCAAAGUCAUAGGUCUACCUGGUCCAUGCAAAGAUAUUAAAGCAAGUGACAUAACCAAGAGUUCUUGCAAGUUAACAUGGGAGCCUCCAGAAUAUGAUGGUGGAAGCCCAAUUCUUCAUUAUGUCCUGGAACGUAGAGAGGCUGGGAGGAGGACAUACAUACCAGUUAUGUCUGGUGAGAACAAACUGUCUUGGACCGUAAAGGAUCUCAUACCAAAUGGUGAAUACUUCUUCCGGGUCAAAGCAGUCAACAAGAUUGGUGGAGGCGAAUAUAUUGAACUCAAGAAUCCCAUCAUUGCUCAAGAUCCAAAGCAACCACCUGAUCCACCUGUAGAUGUUGAGGUUCAUAAUCCUACAGCUAAGGCAAUGACGAUCACAUGGAAGCCACCCUUGUAUGAUGGAGGAAGCAAGAUAAUGGGUUAUAUCAUAGAAAAGAUUGCUAAGGGCGAAGACAGAUGGAAGAGAUGCAAUGAACAUCUGGUACCUGUCCUGACUUAUACAGCAAAAGGACUUGAGGAGGGGAAAGAGUACCAAUUCCGUGUGCGAGCAGAGAAUGCCGCUGGCAUUGGUGAACCUUCUCGGGCCACUCCCCCAACCAAAGCUGUGGAUCCUAUUGAUGCCCCAAAAGUCAUCCUCAAAACAAGCCUGGAAGUAAAACGGGGUGAUGAAAUAGCACUUGAUGCAACUAUUUCUGGCUCACCUUACCCAACAAUCACAUGGAUAAAGGAUGAAAAUGUCAUUGUACCAGAGGAAAUUAAGAAACGAGCAGCACCCCCAGUUAGGAGGAAGAAGGGUGAGGCUGAAGAAGAAGAACCAUUUUACCUGCCUCUGACGGAGCGUCUGAGUAUCAACAACAGCAAACAAGGGGAAUCUCAGCUGCGUGUCCGUGACUCCCUGCGACCCGAUCAUGGCCAGUACAUGAUCAAAGUUGAGAACGAUCAUGGUGUCGCCAAAGCUCCUUGCACUGUCAUUGUGCUAGAUACACCAGGACCUCCAAUCAACUUUGUAUUUGAGGAUAUUAGAAAGAACUCUGUCCUCUGUAAAUGGGAACCACCCCUUGAUGAUGGUGGCAGUGAAAUCAUUAACUAUACCUUGGAAAAGAAAGACAAGACCAAACCUGACUCAGAAUGGAUUGUUAUCUCUUCAACACUCAGACACUGCAAAUAUUCAGUAACAAAACUGAUUGAAGGAAAAGAGUACCUCUUCCGUGUAAGAGCUGAAAAUAGGUUAGGACCUGGACCACCAUGUGUUUCAAAGCCACUUUUAGCCAAAGAUCCAUUUGAACCACCUGAUGCACCAGAUAAGCCCAUUGUGGAAGAUGUCACCAGCAACAGUAUGCUAGUAAAAUGGAAUGAACCAAAAGAUAAUGGCAGCCCCAUCUUAGGUUACUGGCUUGAGAAACGUGAGGUCAAUAGUACACACUGGUCUCGUGUCAACAAAACCCUUCUGAGUUCUUUGAAAACCAAGGUAGAUGGCUUAUUAGAAGGUCUCACCUAUGUCUUCCGUGUCUGUGCUGAAAAUGCCGCUGGACCUGGAAAGUUCAGCCCACCUUCGGAUCCUAAAACAGCUCGUGAUCCAAUCUCUCCACCUGGGCCACCUAUCCCAAGAGUUGCUGAUACAAGCUCUACAACCAUCGAGCUGGAGUGGGAACCCCCAGCUUUCAAUGGUGGUGGGGAGAUUAUUGGCUACUUUGUUGAUAAGCAGUUGGUUGGCACAAAUGAGUGGUCACGCUGCAUGGAGAAGAUGAUCAAAGUCCGUCAGUUCACUGUCAAAGAAAUCCGAGAGGGUGCUGACUACAAACUUCGAGUGAGUGCUGUCAAUGCAGCAGGCGAAGGACCACCUGGAGAAACAGGGCCUGUUACUGUGGCUGAACCACAAGAGCCUCCAACUGUGGAACUGGAUGUUUCUGUCAAGGGUGGAAUACAAAUCAUGGCUGGGAAGACUCUUAGAAUCCCAGCAGUGGUGACUGGCCGUCCAGUGCCCACAAAAGAAUGGACCAUAGAAGAAGGAGAGCUGGAUAAAGAACGUGUUGUAAUAGAGAAUGUUGGAACCAAAUCUGAACUAAUUAUCAAGAAUGCAUUGAGAAAAGACCAUGGCAGAUACGUGAUCACAGCAACAAACAGCUGUGGUUCCAAGUUUGCAGCGGUCCGGGUUGAAGUGUUUGAUGUCCCUGGCCCAGUGCUUGACCUAAAACCUGUUGUCACAAACAGAAAGAUGUGUCUGCUUAAUUGGUCUGAUCCAGCAGAUGAUGGAGGAAGUGAAAUCACAGGGUUUAUAAUUGAAAGAAAAGAUGCCAAGAUGCACACUUGGAGACAACCCAUUGAGACUGAGAGAUCCAAGUGUGACAUCACAGGUCUUAUAGAGGGACAAGAAUACAAGUUCCGUGUCAUUGCCAAGAACAAGUUUGGCUGUGGGCCUCCUGUUGAAAUAGGACCAAUUCUUGCAGUUGAUCCACUAGGCCCUCCAACAUCUCCUGAAAGGCUCACAUACACAGAAAGGACAAAAUCCACUAUUACACUUGACUGGAAAGAGCCCCGCAGUGAUGGUGGCAGUCCCAUCCAAGGAUACAUCAUUGAAAAACGCCGUCAUGACAAACCUGACUUCGAACGAGUUAACAAGAGACUCUGCCCAACCACAUCAUUUCUGGUUGAUAAUCUUGAUGAGCACCAAAUGUAUGAGUUCCGAGUCAAAGCCGUCAAUGACAUUGGUGAAAGUGAACCAUCCCUACCUCUUAACGUAGUCAUACAGGAUGAUGAAGUCCCUCCAACUAUUAAGUUGCGCCUGGCUGUUCGAGGAGACACUAUCAAAGUGAAGGCAGGAGAGCCGGUUAACAUCCCUGCAGAUGUGACAGGACUUCCCAUGCCUAAGAUUGAAUGGUCCAAGAACGAAACAGUGAUCGAGAAACCCACUGAUGCACUUAAAAUAACCAAAGAAGAAGUAUCCCGAAGCGAGGCCAAGACUGAGCUGAGCAUCCCCAAAGCCGUCCGAGAGGACAAGGGCACUUACACAAUUACCGCUUCCAAUCGUCUUGGCUCCGUAUUCCGCAACGUUCAUGUGGAAGUGUAUGAUCGUCCAUCUCCACCCAGAAACCUCGCUGUUACUGACAUUAAAGCUGAGUCUUGCUAUCUGACAUGGGAUGCCCCUCUAGACAAUGGUGGCAGUGAAAUUACCCAUUACAUCAUUGACAAACGUGAUGCCAGCAGGAAGAAGUCUGAAUGGGAAGAAGUCACUAACACUGCUGUUGAGAGAAGAUAUGGGAUCUGGAAGCUUAUCCCCAAUGGUCAGUAUGAGUUCCGAGUGAGGGCAGUGAAUAAAUAUGGAAUCAGUGAUGAGUGCAAAUCAGACAAAGUCGUCAUUCAAGACCCUUAUCGCCUCCCUGGACCUCCUGGAAAACCGAAAGUCUUAGAACGCACCAAGGGGUCUAUGCUUGUGAGCUGGACUCCUCCUUUGGACAACGGAGGUUCUCCAAUUACUGGCUACUGGCUAGAGAAGAGAGAGGAAGGUGGUGCCUACUGGUCACGAGUUAGCAGAGCACCAAUAACCAAAGUGGGACUGAAGGGUGUGGAAUUUAAUGUUCCACGUUUGAUUGAAGGGGUGAAAUAUCAAUUUAGAGCCAUGGCAAUAAAUGCUGCAGGAAUCGGCCCUCCCAGUGAACCAUCAGACCCAGCUGUUGCAGGGGAUCCCAUAUACCCACCUGGGCCACCUUCCCGCCCAGAGGUUAAAGAUAAAACAAAGUCAAGCAUCUCACUAGCAUGGAAACCUCCAGCCAAAGAUGGUGGCAGCCCAAUCAAAGGCUACAUUGUAGAAAUGCAAGAGGAAGGUACCAGUGACUGGAAGAGAGUCAAUGAACCUGAUAAACUUCUAACUACCUGUGAAUGUGUGGUGCCUAACCUGAAGGAACUCAGGAAGUACCGUUUCAGAGUGAAAGCUGUCAAUGAAGCUGGUGAGUCCGAACCAAGUGACACAACUGGAGAGAUCCCUGCCACUGACAUUCAAGAGGUUCCAGAGGUUUUCAUUGACAUCGGAGCACAAGACUGCCUGGUUUGUAAAGCUGGAUCACAGAUCAGAAUUCCUGCUGUCAUCAAGGGACGACCAACACCAAAAUCAUCUUGGGAAUUUGAUGGAAAGGCAAAGAAGGCAAUGAAGGAUGGAAUUCAUGAUAUACCUGAAGAUGCACAGCUGGAGACUGCCGAGAGCUCAUCUGUCAUCAUUAUCCCAGAGUGCAAUCGAGCUCACUCAGGCAAAUACAGCAUCACAGCCAAAAAUAAAGCAGGACAGAAAACUGCCAACUGCAGAGUUAAAGUCAUGGAUGCACCAGGCCCACCCAAAGACUUGAAGGUUAGUGACAUCACAAGGGGUAGCUGCCGACUUUCAUGGAAGAUGCCAGAUGAUGAUGGAGGAGAUAGGAUCAAAGGCUACGUCAUUGAGAAGAAGACUAUAGAUGGGAAAGCCUGGACAAAAGUCAAUCCAAACUGUGGAAGCACCACAUUUGUAGUGCCAGAUCUCAUCUCUGAGCAGCAAUACUUCUUCCGUGUGCGAGCAGAAAACCGUUUUGGGAUUGGCCCACCUGCAGAAACCAUUCAGAGGACCACUGCUAGAGAUCCAAUCUAUCCUCCUGACCCUCCUAUUAAACUCAAGAUUGGUCUUAUAACAAAGAACACGGUACAUCUGUCGUGGAAACCUCCAAAGAAUGAUGGGGGCUCUCCUGUCACCCACUAUAUUGUUGAGUGCCUUGCAUGGGACCCAACUGGCAAAAAGAAAGAAGCAUGGAGACAGUGCAAUAAACGUGACGUGGAAGAAUUGGAAUUCACUGUUGAAGACCUCAUAGAGGGUGGGGAAUAUGAAUUCAGAGUUAAAGCUGUCAAUGAGGCCGGAGUCAGCAAGCCUUCAGCUACUGUUGGUCCUGUGAUUGUCAAAGACCAGACAUGCCCACCAUCAAUUGAGCUAAAAGAAUUCAUGGAAGUGGAAGAAGGAACUGAUGUUAACAUCGUGGCCAAAAUUAAAGGUGUGCCGUUCCCAACUCUCACCUGGUUUAAAGCUCCUCCAAAGAAGCCUGACAGCAAAGAACCUGUUCUCUAUGAUGCCCAUGUCAACAAACAGGUGGUAGAUGACACCUGCACUUUAGUUAUUCCUCAGUCUCGCCGGAGUGACACUGGCUUAUAUUCUAUCACAGCUGUAAACAACCUGGGGACAGCAUCAAAGGAGAUGAGACUCAAUGUCCUUGGUCGCCCUGGCCCCCCUGUGGGACCCAUAAAGUUUGAGUCUAUUUCAGCUGAUCAAAUGACACUAUCUUGGCUUCCACCUAAAGAUGAUGGUGGGUCUAAGAUUACAAACUAUGUCAUUGAGAAAAGAGAAGCUAACAGGAAGACAUGGGUGCGUGUCUCCAGUGAGCCUAAAGAAUGCAUGUACACAAUUCCCAAAUUGCUAGAAGGCCAUGAAUACGUAUUCCGAAUCAUGGCCCAGAAUAAAUACGGCAUUGGAGAGCCACUUGACAGUGAACCAGAAACAGCACGAAACCUCUUCUCUGUCCCCGGAGCUCCAGAUAAGCCAACAGUGAGCAGUGUGACUCGUAACUCCAUGACUGUCAACUGGGAAGAGCCAGAAUAUGAUGGAGGCUCUCCUGUGACUGGGUAUUGGUUAGAAAUGAAAGACACCACCUCAAAGAGAUGGAAGAGAGUUAACCGAGAUCCUAUCAAAGCCAUGACUCUGGGUGUCUCUUAUAAAGUGACUGGUCUUAUUGAAGGUUCUGACUAUCAGUUCCGGGUGUAUGCCAUCAAUGCUGCUGGUGUGGGUCCGGCAAGUCUCCCCUCAGAUCCAGUGACUGCUAGAGAUCCAGUUGCUCCCCCUGGUCCUCCAUUCCCCAAAGUGACAGACUGGACAAAAUCGUCUGUGGACUUAGAAUGGUCACCUCCAUUAAAAGAUGGUGGAUCCAAAAUAACUGGAUACAUUGUUGAAUUUAAGGAAGAAGGAAAAGAAGAAUGGGAAAAGGGUAAAGAUAAAGAAGUGAGAGGGACAAAACUCGUUGUGACUGGAUUAAAAGAAGGAGCAUUCUACAAAUUCCGAGUAAGAGCAGUCAACAUUGCUGGCAUUGGAGAACCUGGAGAAGUCACAGAUAUUAUUGAAAUGAAGGACAGAAUUGUGUCACCUGACCUUCAGCUAGAUGCCAGUGUCAGAGACAGAAUAGUGGUCCAUGCUGGAGGGGUGAUCCGAAUCAUAGCCUAUGUAUCUGGGAAGCCACCUCCAACUGUCACCUGGAGCAUGAAUGAAAGAGCCUUACCUCAAGAAGCCACCAUUGAGACCACAGCCAUUAGUUCUUCCAUGGUCAUCAAAAACUGCCAGAGAAGCCAUCAAGGUGUAUACUCUCUUCUUGCCAAAAAUGAAGGUGGAGAAAGAAAGAAGACAAUUAUUGUGGAUGUAUUAGAUGUUCCAGGACCUGUUGGAGUACCAUUCCUCUCUGACAACCUAACCAAUGACUCCUGCAAACUUACAUGGUUCUCUCCAGAAGACGAUGGAGGCUCUCCAAUCACCAACUAUGUCAUUCAGAAGCGGGAAGCUGACCGCAAAGCUUGGACCCCUGUGACAUACACAGUCACUCGACAAAAUGCUACCGUACAGGGUCUUAUUCAAGGAAAAUCCUACUUUUUCCGAAUUGCAGCUGAAAAUAGUAUUGGCAUGGGCCCAUUUGUUGAGACACCAAAUGCACUUGUCAUUAGAGAUCCAAUAACUGUACCAGAGAGACCUGAAGACCUAGAAGUCAAAGAAGUCACUAAAAAUACUGUGUCUUUGACUUGGAAUCCUCCCAAGUACGACGGUGGAUCAGAAAUUAUUAACUAUGUCCUAGAAAGCCGCCUCAUUGGCACUGAGAAGUUCCACAAGGUGACAAAUGACAAUCUGCUUAGCAGAAAAUACACUGUCAAAGGCUUAAAAGAAGGGGAUACCUAUGAGUACCGUGUCAGUGCCGUCAAUAUUGUUGGACAAGGCAAGCCGUCAUUUUGCACCAAGCCAAUCACUUGCAAAGAUGAGCUGGCUCCCCCAACACUUGACCUCGACUUCAGAGAUAAGCUUACAGUUCGAGUUGGUGAAGCUUUUGCCCUCACUGGCCGUUACUCAGGCAAACCAAAGCCAAAGGUUGAUUGGUUCAAAGAUGAAGCUGAUGUGUUAGAAGAUGACCGCACUCACAUAAAGACUACUCCCACAACACUUGCUCUGGAGAAGACCAAGUCCAAACGCUCAGACUCUGGAAAAUACUGUGUAGUUGUGGAGAACAGUACAGGCUCCAGGAAAGGUUUCUGUCAAGUCAAUGUUGUUGACCGUCCUGGACCACCAGUAGGACCUGUCAUUUUUGAUGAGGUCACCAAAGAAUACAUGGUUAUUUCUUGGAAGCCACCUCUAGAUGAUGGAGGAAGUGAAAUUACCAAUUAUAUUAUUGAGAAGAAGGAACUGGGUAAAGACAUUUGGAUGCCUGUGACAUCUGCCAGUGCUAAAACAACGUGCAAAGUCCCGAAACUGCUUGAAGGAAAAGAUUAUAUCUUCCGGAUUCAUGCUGAAAAUCUGUAUGGAAUAAGUGACCCUCUGGUGUCUGAUUCAAUGAAAGCCAAAGAUCGUUUCAGAGUUCCUGAUGCACCUGAGCAGCCAAUUGUCACAGAGGUCACCAAAGACUCUGCGUUAGUAACCUGGAACAAGCCAAAUGAUGGAGGAAAGCCUAUCACAAACUACAUCCUGGAAAAGAGGGAAACUAUGUCUAAACGAUGGGCUAGAGUUACCAAAGAACCUAUCCAUCCAUACACUAAGUUUAGGGUUCCUGAUCUUCUAGAAGGAUGCCAGUAUGAAUUCCGGGUUUCUGCAGAAAAUGAAAUUGGUAUUGGAGAUCCAAGUCCACCAUCCAAACCAGUCUUUGCUAGAGAUCCAAUUGCUAAACCAAGCCCACCUAUUAAUCCUGAAGCAAUAGACACAACUUGUAAUUCAGUUGAUCUAACUUGGCAGCCACCACGUCAUGAUGGUGGGAGCAAGAUACUGGGAUACAUUGUGGAGUACCAGAAAGUUGGAGAUGAAGAAUGGAGACGAGCCAAUCACACUCCUGAGUCAUGCCCUGAAACUAAAUAUAAAGUCUCUGGUCUCAGGGAUGGUCAGACCUAUAAGUUCCGUGUGCUGGCAGUCAAUGAGGCUGGGGAAUCAGACCCAGCCCACGUUCCCGAACCAGUUUUAGUAAAAGACCGACUUGAACCUCCUGAGCUGAUCCUUGAUGCCAACAUGGCAAGAGAACAACACAUUAAGGUUGGUGAUACCCUAAGACUUAGUGCCAUCAUCAAAGGAGUGCCAUUCCCUAAAGUAACCUGGAAAAAAGGAGACAGAGAGGCUCCAACAAAAGCACAAAUUGAUGUUACUCCGGUUGGAAGCAAGCUUGAAAUUCGUAAUGCUGCCCAUGAAGAUGGUGGAAUUUAUUCCCUAACUGUGGAGAAUCCAGCUGGUUCAAAAACUGUCUCAGUAAAAGUACUGGUCUUAGAUAAACCUGGGCCACCUAGAGAUCUGGAAGUCAGUGAAAUUAGGAAAGAUUCUUGUUACCUUACAUGGAAGGAACCAUUGGAUGAUGGUGGGUCUGUUGUAACCAACUAUGUGGUUGAGAGGAAAGAUGUUGCCACUGCGCAGUGGUCCCCUCUUUCAACCACAUCAAAGAAGAAGAGCCAUAUGGCUAAACAUCUGAAUGAAGGCAAUCAGUACCUCUUCCGAGUAGCUGCUGAAAACCAAUAUGGACGUGGUCCUUUUGUUGAAACACCUAAGCCCAUCAAGGCUCUGGAUCCUCUCCAUCCCCCAGGGCCACCUAAGGACCUACACCAUGUAGAUGUCGACAAGACUGAGGUCUCUCUUGUUUGGAAUAAACCAGAUCGUGAUGGUGGCUCUCCAAUCACUGGAUAUUUGGUGGAAUAUCAAGAAGAAGGUGCCCAAGACUGGAUCAAGUUCAAGACUGUGAAAAACUUAGAGUGUGUUGUUACAGGCUUACAACAAGGAAAGACCUAUAGAUUCCGAGUAAAAGCUGAAAAUAUCAUAGGUCUUGGUCUCCCUGAUACAACUAUCCCAAUAGAGUGCCAAGAGAAACUAGUGCCUCCAUCUGUGGAAUUAGAUGUCAAAUUAAUUGAAGGGCUCGUUGUAAAGGCUGGUACCACAGUAAGAUUCCCUGCCAUCAUAAGAGGUGUGCCUGUUCCUACUGCAAAGUGGACAACUGAUGGGAUUGAGAUUCAAACGGAUGACCACUACACAGUUGAGACUGACAGCUUCUCAUCAGUGCUGACCAUUAAGAACUGCUUAAGGAAGGACACUGGGGAAUAUCAGCUCACAGUUUCCAAUGCUGCUGGUACCAAAACAGUAGCCGUCCAUCUUACUGUUCUUGAUGUUCCUGGUCCACCAACAGGUCCUAUUAAUAUUCUGGAUGUCACCCCUGAAUACAUGACUAUUUCAUGGCAACCACCUAAGGAUGAUGGAGGAAGCCCAGUGAUAAAUUACAUUGUUGAGAAACAAGAUACAAGGAAAGGCACAUGGGGUGUUGUCUCUGCAGGAAGCAGUAAGCUGAAGCUGAAGGUUCCACAUCUCCAAAAAGGCUGUGAAUACAUCUUCAGAGUCAAAGCAGAGAACAAGAUGGGUGUCGGUCCUCCCCUGGACUCCAUACCUACUGUUGCGAAACACAAGUUCAAUCCUCCAUCUCCUCCUGGUAAACCUGUGGUAACUGACAUUACUGAGAAUGCUGCAACAGUGUCUUGGACCCUGCCAAAAUCUGAUGGUGGCAGCCCAAUAACUGGCUAUUAUGUAGAACGCCGAGAAAUAACUGGCAAAUGGGUGAGGGUCAACAAAACACCUAUCGCUGACCUGAAGUUCAGGGUGACUGGACUCUAUGAGGGAAAUACAUACGAGUUUAGAGUUUUUGCUGAAAAUCUCGCUGGACUAAGCAAUCCAUCCCCAAGUUCUGACCCAAUAAAAGCUUGCCGGCCUAUCAAACCACCAGGACCACCUAUAAAUCCUAAGCUAAAAGACAAGAGCAAAGAAUCUGCAGACUUAGUGUGGACAAAGCCCCUCAGUGAUGGUGGCAGCCCCAUUCUCGGCUAUGUAGUAGAAUGUCAGAAACCUGGCACAGCACAGUGGGAUAGGAUUAAUAAAGAUGAACUCAUCAGGCAGUGUGCCUUCAGGGUACCUGGACUGAUUGAAGGAAAUGAGUACAGAUUCCGCAUAAAGGCGGCUAAUAUCGUGGGUGAGGGAGAGCCAAGAGAACUAGCAGAAUCUGUGAUUGCAAAAGACAUCCUUCAUCCUCCAGAAGUAGAACUUGACGUCACAUGCCGUGACAUCAUCACCGUUCGGGUAGGUCAAACUAUCCGAAUUCUUGCUCGAGUCAAAGGCAGACCUGAGCCAGACAUAACUUGGUCUAAGGAGGGCAAAGUACUGGUCAAAGACAAGCGGGUUGACCUAAUUCAUGAUCUACCUCGUGUGGAGUUACAAAUUAAAGAAGCUGUCAGAGCUGACCAUGGCAAGUAUAUCAUCUCUGCUAAGAACAGCAGUGGACAUGCCCAAGGCUCAGCCAUUGUUAACGUCCUUGACAGACCGGGGCCUUGCCAGAAUCUGAAGGUUAGCAAUGUAACCAAGGAAAACUGCACAAUUUCAUGGGAAAACCCACUAGAUAAUGGUGGCUCAGAAAUUACAAAUUUCAUAGUAGAAUAUCGUAAACCAAAUCAGAAAGGCUGGUCAAUUGUUGCCUCCGAUGUCACCAAGAGACUGAUCAAAGCCAACUUGUUAGCCAACAAUGAAUACUAUUUCCGUGUUUGUGCAGAGAAUAAAGUAGGUGUUGGGCCAACCAUUGAAACAAAAACUCCAAUUCUGGCCAUCAACCCCAUUGACAGGCCAGGUGAGCCUGAAAACCUUCAUAUUGCAGAUAAAGGAAAGACAUUUGUCUAUCUGAAGUGGCGACGGCCUGAUUAUGACGGUGGCAGCCCAAAUCUAUCAUACCAUGUUGAGAGGAGGCUGAAGGGUUCGACUGACUGGGAAAGAGUACACAAAGGAAGUAUUAAGGAAACUCAUUACAUGGUUGACAAGUGUGUUGAAAACCAGAUUUAUGAGUUCAGAGUACAAACCAAGAAUGAAGGCGGAGAAAGUGAUUGGGUAAGGACAGAGGAAGUUGUUGUGAAGGAAGACUUACAGAAGCCAGUACUUGAUCUAAAAUUAAGUGGGGUUCUAACUGUCAAAGCAGGGGACACCAUUAGACUCGAGGCAGGUGUGAGAGGCAAACCAUUCCCAGAAGUUUCCUGGACCAAAGACAAAGAUGCUACAGAUCUUACAAGAUCACCAAGAGUCAAGAUUGAUACCAGUGCUGAGUCAUCAAAAUUCUCUCUUACCAAAGCAAAGCGAAGUGAUGGUGGUAAAUAUGUAGUCACAGCAACCAAUCCAGCUGGCAGUUUUGUGGCCUAUGCUACUGUCAAUGUUUUAGAUAAGCCUGGUCCUGUAAGAAACCUGAAAAUCACUGAUGUGUCCAGUGAUAGGUGUACUAUCCACUGGGAUCCACCAGAAGAUGAUGGUGGCUGUGAAAUUCAAAAUUAUAUUCUAGAAAAAUGUGAGAGCAAGAGAAUGGUAUGGUCUACCUAUUCUGCUAAUGUCUUGACACCCAGUGCUACAGUGACUCGUCUCAUAGAAGGGAAUGAAUAUAUUUUCAGAGUCCGUGCAGAAAACAAAAUAGGCACAGGACCUCCGACAGAAAGUAAGCCAGUCAUAGCAAAAACCAAGUAUGACAGACCUGGUCGCCCUGAUCCUCCAGAAGUCACUAAAGUAAGCAAAGAAGAGAUGACUGUGGUUUGGAAUGCCCCUGAAUAUGAUGGUGGGAAGUCCAUCACAGGAUACUAUUUGGAGAGAAAAGAAAAACAUGCAGUCCGCUGGGUCCCUGUUAACAAGAGUGCCAUCCCUGAGAGACGCAUGAAAGUGCAGAAUCUCCUCCCAGGACAUGAGUAUCAGUUCCGUGUCAAGGCAGAAAAUGAAGUUGGCAUUGGAGAACCUAGCUUACCAUCAAGACCAGUGGUAGCAAAAGAUCCAAUAGAACCUCCUGGUCCACCAACCAAUUUCAAAGUUGUUGAUACAACCAAAAAUUCCAUAACUCUCGCAUGGGGAAAACCAGUCUAUGAUGGAGGUGCACCAAUAAUUGGAUAUGUUGUAGAAAUGAGACCUAAAAUAGCAGAUGCCUCACCUGAUGAGGGCUGGAAAAGGUGCAAUGCUGCUGCUCAACUUGUCCGCAUGGAAUUCACAGUUACAAGUUUGGAUGAAAACCAGGAGUAUGAGUUCAGGGUGUGUGCCCAAAAUCAAGUUGGCAUUGGGCGCCCUGCUGAACUAAAAGAAGCCAUCAAGCCUAAAGAAAUCCUAGAGCCUCCAGAGAUCGACUUGGAUGCCAGCAUGAGGAAAUUGGUCGUAGUGAGGGCAGGCUGCCCUAUUCGACUAUUUGCAAUAGUGAGAGGACGACCAGCCCCCAAAGUCACCUGGCGCAAAGUGGGUAUUGAUAACGUGGUCAGAAAAGGACAAGUCGAUCUAGUUGACACCAUGGCCUUCCUUGUCAUUCCUAAUUCUACCCGUGAUGACUCAGGAAAAUAUUCCUUGACCCUUGUGAACCCAGCAGGAGAAAAGGCUGUUUUUGUGAAUGUGAAAGUACUAGAUACUCCUGGACCUGUGUCUGAUUUAAAAGUUUCGGAUGUCACUAAGACAUCAUGCCACGUUUCCUGGGCCCCUCCUGAAAAUGAUGGGGGAAGCCAAGUGACACAUUACAUUGUGGAGAAACGUGAGGCAGAAAGAAAAACAUGGUCAACAGUUACACCUGAAGUGAAGAAGACAAGCUUCAACGUAACCAAUCUUGUUCCUGGGAAUGAAUAUUUCUUCCGAGUAACCGCUGUCAAUGAAUAUGGUCCUGGGGUCCCAACAGAUAUCCCCAAGCCUGUGCUUGCAUCAGAUCCUCUCAGUGAGCCGGAUCCUCCAAGAAAACUUGAAGUGACAGAAAUGACAAAGAACAGUGCUACACUGGCCUGGUUACCUCCACUGCGUGAUGGGGGUGCGAAAAUUGAUGGCUAUAUCAUUAGUUACAGGGAGGAAGACCAGCCUGCAGAUCGCUGGACAGAGUACUCGGUGGUCAAAGACCUCAGCCUUAUUGUCACUGGCCUAAAGGAAGGAAAGAAAUAUAAGUUUAGAGUUGCAGCUAGAAAUGCUGUUGGAGUCAGCCUGCCAAGAGAAGCUGAGGGUGUCUAUGAAGCCAAAGAACAGCUGUUGCCACCAAAGAUCCUCAUGCCUGAGCAAAUCACUAUUAAAGCUGGGAAGAAACUCCGAGUUGAAGCCCAUGUGUAUGGAAAGCCCAACCCACUCUGUAAAUGGAAGAAAGGAGAUGAUGAAGUUGUUACAUCCAGCCACCUGGCCAUCCACAAAGCAGACAGUUCUUCCGUUCUGAUCAUAAAGGAUGUCACUAGGAAAGACAGUGGUUACUAUAGCCUCACAGCAGAGAAUAGCUCUGGGACAGACACUCAGAAAAUCAAAGUUACAGUCAUGGAUGCUCCUGGGCCCCCUCAACCUCCAUUUGACAUUUCUGAUAUAGAUGCUGAUGCUUGCUCCCUGUCUUGGCACAUUCCUCUUGAGGAUGGAGGCAGUAACAUCACCAACUACAUAGUAGAGAAAUGUGAUGUAAGCCGUGGGGAUUGGGUCACAGCUCUAGCUUCAGUCACCAAGACUUCCUGCAGGGUUGGAAAGCUCAUACCUGGCCAGGAGUAUAUCUUCCGUGUCCGUGCUGAAAACAGAUUUGGCAUUUCAGAGCCUCUUACAUCUCCAAAGAUGCUUGCUAAGUUCCCAUUUGAUGUUCCUAGUGAGCCAAAAAAUGCCCGAGUCACUAAAGUCAACAAAGACUGCAUAUUUGUUGCAUGGGAUAGACCAGACAGUGAUGGAGGAAGCCCCAUCACUGGUUACCUGAUUGAACGCAAAGAAAGAAACAGUUUGCUCUGGGUGAAAGCUAAUGACACUGUUGUCCGGUCAACUGAAUAUCCUUGUGCUGGCCUUGUAGAAGGUCUAGAAUAUUCAUUCAGAAUUUAUGCUCUAAACAAAGCUGGAUCCAGCCCACCUAGCAAACCAACAGAAUAUGUAACUGCAAGGAUGCCAGUAGAUCCCCCAGGGAAACCUGAAGUUGUUGAUGUCACCAAGAACAGUGCAUCCCUUAUCUGGGCCCGUCCAAAGCACGAUGGAGGCAGCAAAAUUAUUGGCUAUUUUGUAGAAGCUUGCAAACUUCCUGGUGAUAAGUGGGUUCGUUGCAAUACCACACCUCACCAGAUACCCCAGGAAGAGUACACAGCUACUGGGUUAGAAGAGAAUGCUCAGUAUCAAUUCAGAGCGAUUGCUAAGACUGCUGUGAACAUUAGCCCGCCUUCUGAGCCUUCCGACCCAGUGACUAUCCUUGCAGAAAAUGUUCCUCCCAGGAUAGAACUCAGUGUUGAUAUGAAGUCUUUGCUUACCGUGAAAGCUGGGACUAAUGUCUGCUUGGAUGCUACUGUGUUUGGUAAACCAAUGCCAACAGUUUCUUGGAAGAAAGAUAGCACACCAAUAAAACCAGCAGAAGGCAUAAAGAUGGCAAUGAAGCGGAACUUGUGUACCUUGGAGCUAUUCAGUGUGAACCGGAAGGACUCGGGAGACUAUACCAUAACUGCCGAAAAUUCCAGUGGCUCCAAAUCAGCCACCAUUAAGCUUAAAGUACUAGAUAAACCAGGUCCUCCAGCAUCUGUUAAAAUCAACAAGAUGUAUGCAGAUCGUGCCAUGCUGUCUUGGGAACCUCCUCUUGAGGACGGAGGCUCAGAAAUCACCAACUACAUCGUAGACAAGCGUGAAACAAGCAGGCCUAACUGGGCUCAGGUCUCUGCUACUGUGCCCAUCACCAGUUGCACUGUAGAGAAACUUAUAGAGGGUCAUGAAUACCAGUUCCGUAUCUGUGCUGAAAACAAAUACGGAGUGGGAGAUCCCAUCCUCACUGAGCCAGCAAUUGCUAAAAACCCAUAUGACCCACCUGGACGCUGUGACCCUCCUGUCAUUAGCAAUGUCACAAAAGAUCACAUGACAGUCAGCUGGAAAGCCCCUGCAGAUGAUGGUGGCUCACCCAUCACUGGAUACUUGGUUGAAAAGCGGGAAACUCAGGCAGUUAACUGGACUAAAGUCAACAGAAAACCUGUUAUAGAAAGAACAUUAAAAGCAACAGGUCUCCAGGAAGGGACUGAGUAUGAAUUCCGAGUUACUGCCAUAAAUAAAGCUGGACCUGGCAAACCCAGUGAUGCAUCCAAAGCAGUUUAUGCUCAGGACCCACUGUAUCCUCCUGGUCCACCAGCUUUCCCAAAAGUAUAUGAUACCACCCGUAGCUCUGUGAGUCUAUCAUGGGGCAAGCCAGCCUAUGACGGAGGUAGCCCCAUCAUUGGUUAUCUUGUGGAAGCAAAGCGAGCUGAUUCAGAUCACUGGGUGAGGUGCAAUUUACCAGAGAAGCUACAAAAAACCCGCUUUGAGGUGACUGGCCUGAUGGAAAACACAGAGUAUCAGUUCCGAGUGUAUGCUGUUAAUAAGAUUGGGUACAGUGACCCCAGUGACGUACCAGAUAAACACUGCCCCAAGGACAUCCUAAUCCCACCCGAGGGAGAACUUGACGCUGAGUUAAGAAAAACACUCAUUUUACGUGCUGGAGUUACGAUGAGACUCUACGUGCCUGUAAAAGGACGCCCACCUCCAAAGAUCACUUGGUCUAAACCAAACGCCAAUCUAAGAGAAAGGAUUGGAUUGGACAUAAAGUCAACUGACUUUGACACUUUCUUGCGCUGUGAAAAUGUGAACAAAUAUGAUGCAGGAAAAUACAUCUUAACCUUGGAAAACAGCUGUGGGAAAAAGGAGUACACUAUUGUAGUGAAAGUGCUUGAUACUCCUGGACCACCUGUCAAUGUGACCGUUAAGGAAAUAUCCAAGGACUCUGCAUACAUUACCUGGGAUCCUCCCAUCAUUGAUGGCGGGAGCCCCAUCAUAAACUAUGUGGUUGAGAAACGGGAUGCAGAGAGGAAAUCCUGGUCAACAGUGACAACUGAGUGCUCAAAGACAAGCUUCAGAGUCUCUAACUUGGAGGAAGGGAAAUCCUACUUCUUCAGAGUGUUCGCUGAAAAUGAGUACGGCAUUGGUGAUCCAGGUGAAACACGUGAUGCCGUCAAAGCCUCUGAAACCCCUGGACCCGUUGUUGACCUGAAAGCGCUGGCUGUAACUAAGUCAUCUUGUACCAUUGGCUGGAAGAAGCCUCGCAGUGAUGGCGGAAGUAGAAUUACUGGCUAUGUGGUCGAUUUCCUGACUGAAGAAAAUAAGUGGCAACGAGUUAUGAAAUCAUUGAGCCUACAGUACUCCACGAAAGAUCUGAAGGAAGGGAAGGAAUACACCUUUAGAGUGAGUGCUGAAAAUGAAAAUGGAGAAGGAACCCCAAGUGAAAUCAUUGUCAUGGCAAAAGAUGAUGUCGUGGCUCCUGAUCUUGACUUAAAGGAUCUACCUGAUUUGUGCUACUUGGCUAAAGAAAAUAGCAACUUCCGUCUUAAGAUCCCCAUAAAGGGCAAGCCAGCACCAUCAGUGUCUUGGAAGAAGGGGGAAGAUCCUUUAGCAACUGACACAAGAGUCAGUGUUGAGUCAACUGCAGUUAAUACAACUCUUGUAGUAUAUGAUUGCCAAAAAUCUGAUGCUGGAAAAUAUACAAUCACACUCAAGAAUGUUGCUGGCACCAAGGAAGGAACUCUCUCUAUAAAGGUGGUUGGCAAGCCUGGCAUUCCCACUGGCCCAAUCAAAUUUGAUGAAGUCACAGCAGAGGCCAUGACCUUGAAGUGGGGUCCUCCAAAGGAUGAUGGAGGCUCUGAAAUCACCAACUAUGUACUAGAGAAGAGAGAUUCGGUGAAUAACAAGUGGGUGACAUGUGCUUCAGCUGUCCAGAAGACCACCUUUAGAGUAACUAGACUACAUGAGGGCAUAGAAUACACCUUCAGGGUCAGUGCUGAAAAUAAAUAUGGUGUAGGAGAAGGCCUGAAGUCAGAGCCAAUUGUUGCCAAACAUCCAUUUGAUGUGCCUGAUGCCCCCCCACCUCCCAAUAUUGUGGAUGUCAGACAUGAUUCAGUAUCUCUAACAUGGACUGAUCCCAAAAAAACUGGUGGCUCACCAAUUACAGGGUAUCAUAUCGAAUUCAAGGAAAGAAACAGCCUUCUAUGGAAGAGAGCUAACAAGACUCCUAUAAGGAUGAAAGAUUUCAAAGUGACAGGAUUAACUGAAGGUCUUGAAUAUGAAUUCCGAGUUAUGGCUAUCAAUCUAGCAGGAGUGGGGAAGCCCAGCCUACCAUCAGAGCCAGUUGUGGCACUUGAUCCAAUUGAUCCUCCUGGGAAACCUGAGGUUAUUAGUGUAACAAGGAAUUCAGUGACUCUCAUCUGGACAGAACCCAAAUACGAUGGCGGUCAUAAAUUAACAGGGUACAUAGUAGAGAAGAGGGACCUGCCAUCUAAGUCUUGGAUGAAAGCCAACCAUGUUAAUGUUCCAGACUGUGCCUUUACUGUAACUGACCUUGUUGAAGGUGGAAAAUAUGAAUUCAGAAUCAGAGCAAAGAAUACAGCGGGUGCUAUCAGCGCUCCAUCAGAGAGCACAGGAACCAUCAUUUGCAAGGAUGAGUACGAGGCACCAACCAUUGUCCUUGAUCCCACAAUUAAAGAUGGGCUAACAGUCAAAGCAGGGGAUACCAUUGUUUUAAGUGCCAUUAGCAUUCUUGGCAAACCCCUUCCAAAGUCAAGUUGGUCCAAGGCAGGAAAAGAUAUCAGACCAUCAGAUAUUGCCCAAAUAACUUCAACCCCAACAUCUUCUAUGCUGACAGUCAAAUAUGCCACAAGAAAGGAUGCCGGUGAAUACACCAUCACUGCCACCAAUCCUUUUGGCACAAAGGAAGAACAUGUGAAGGUCUCAGUCCUUGAUGUACCUGGUCCCCCAGGUCCCAUCGAAAUCAGUAACGUUUCUGCUGAAAAAGCAACACUUACAUGGACACCUCCCUUGGAAGAUGGCGGAUCACCAAUUAAGGCUUAUGUUCUUGAAAAGAGAGAAACCAGUCGGCUUUUGUGGACUGUGGUAUCUGAAGAUAUUCAGGCCUGCAGGCAUGUGGUGACCAAACUUAUCCAAGGAAAUGAAUACCUUUUCCGUGUGUCAGCGGUAAACCAUUACGGCAAAGGAGAACCUGUUCAGUCUGAACCUGUCAAAAUGGUAGACAGAUUUGGUCCCCCUGGCCCUCCUGGGAAACCAGAGAUAUCAAAUGUCACUAAGAACACAGCCACUGUCAGCUGGAAGAGACCGACUGAUGACGGUGGCAGCGAGAUCACAGGAUAUCACAUUGAAAGGCGGGAAAAGAAAGGCUUGAGAUGGGUGAGAGCAACCAAGACUCCAGUUUCUGAUCUCAGGUGCAAAGUAACUGGACUACAAGAAGGAAAUACCUACGAAUUCCGUGUCAGUGCAGAAAACAGAGCAGGCAUUGGUCCACCUAGUGAUGCCUCAAAUCCUGUCCUGAUGAAAGAUGCUGCAUAUCCUCCAGGACCACCUUCAAAUGCGCAUGUCACUGAUACUACCAAGAAAUCCGCAUCUUUAGCAUGGGGCAAACCUCAUUAUGAUGGUGGGCUUGAAAUCACCGGCUAUGUGGUGGAGCAUCAAAAAGUAGGAGAUGAUGCCUGGAUAAAAGAUACAGCAGGAACAGCCCUUAGAAUCACCCAGUUUGUUGUUCCUGAUCUUCAAACUAAAGAAAAAUAUAAUUUUAGAAUUAGUGCCAUCAAUGAUGCAGGUGUCGGGGAACCAGCAGUGAUUCCAAAUGUUGAAAUUGUGGAGAAGGAAAUGGCUCCUGAUUUUGAGCUAGAUGCUGAGCUGCGAAGAACACUUGUGGUUAGGGCAGGACUCAGCAUCAGGAUCUUUGUGCCAAUUAAAGGUCGCCCUGCCCCUGAAGUGACAUGGACCAAAGAUAAUAUCAACCUGAAGCACCGAGCCAACAUCGAAAAUACAGAGUCAUUUACUCUUCUCAUCAUCCCAGAAUGUAACAGAUAUGACACCGGUAAAUUUGUGAUGACCAUUGAAAACCCAGCUGGGAAGAAGAGUGGCUUUGUCAACGUCAGAGUCCUAGACACACCAGGUCCUGUCCUUAACCUAAGGCCUACAGACAUCACAAAAGACAGUGUCACCCUACACUGGGACCUACCUUUGAUAGAUGGGGGCUCACGUAUAACCAACUACAUUGUGGAGAAACGUGAAGCAACAAGGAAAUCAUACUCCACAGUCACCACUAAGUGCCAUAAAUGUACAUAUAAAGUAACUGGCUUGACAGAAGGCUGUGAAUACUUCUUCAGAGUAAUGGCAGAAAAUGAAUAUGGAAUUGGUGAACCAACAGAAACUACAGAGCCUGUAAGAGCCUCUGAAGCACCAUUACCCCCAGAUAGUCUUAACAUUAUGGACAUAACCAAGAGCACAGUCAGCCUGGCAUGGCCCAAACCCAGACAUGAUGGUGGCAGCAAGAUCACUGGCUAUGUGAUUGAAGCCCAAAGGAAAGGGUCUGACCAGUGGACCCACAUCUCAACUGUGAAAGGGUUAGAAUGUGUGGUGAGGAAUCUAACUGAAGGAGAGGAAUAUACCUUCCAAGUGAUGGCAGUUAACAGUGCGGGCAGAAGUGCUCCUAGAGAAAGCAGACCUGUCAUCGUCAAGGAGCAGACAAUGCUUCCGGAGUUGGAUCUUCGUGGCAUCUAUCAGAAGCUAGUCAUUGCCAGAGCUGGUGACAACAUCAAAGUGGAAAUUCCAGUACUCGGUCGACCAAAGCCCACAGUUACAUGGAAAAAAGGAGACCAAAUUCUUAAACAGACACAGAGAGUUAAUGUUGAAAACACAGCAACUUCAACCAUCUUAAAUAUCAAUGAGUGUGUUAGAAGUGAUAGUGGACCCUAUCCACUAACAGCAAAGAACACUGUAGGAGAGGUUGGUGAUGUCAUAACCAUUCAAGUCCAUGAUAUCCCAGGACCACCUACAGGACCAAUAAAAUUUGAUGAAGUGUCAUCUGACUUUGUAACCUUCUCUUGGGAGCCACCAGAAAAUGAUGGAGGUGUACCAAUAAGCAACUAUGUAGUAGAAAUGCGACAGACAGAUAGUACUACAUGGGUAGAGUUAGCAACAACUGUUAUCCGUACUACCUACAAAGCCACUCACCUGACCACAGGAGUGGAGUAUCAAUUCCGUGUAAGAGCACAAAAUAGAUAUGGAGUCGGACCUGGCAUCACAUCGGCAUCUGUGGUUGCUAACUAUCCAUUUAAGGUGCCUGGGCCUCCUGGCACCCCUCAGGUUACUGCAGUCACCAAAGACUCUAUGACAAUUAGCUGGCAUGAACCACUUUCUGAUGGUGGAAGCCCCAUUUUAGGAUAUCAUAUUGAAAGAAAAGAACGAAAUGGCAUUCUCUGGCAGACUGUGAGCAAAGCAUUAGUGCCAGGCAACAUUUUCAAAUCAACUGGGCUUACAGAUGGCAUUGCUUAUGAAUUCCGGGUAAUUGCAGAAAACAUGGCAGGCAAGAGCAAACCAAGCAAGCCAUCUGAACCAAUGUUUGCUCUGGAUCCCAUUGACCCACCUGGGAAACCAGUACCUCUAAACAUUACGAGACACACAGUGACACUGAAGUGGGCUAAGCCUGAAUAUACUGGAGGAUUUAAAAUCACUAGCUAUGUGGUUGAAAAGAGGGACCUUCCUAAUGGACGAUGGCUGAAGGCCAACUUCAGCAACAUUUUAGAGAAUGAAUUUACAGUCAGCGGCCUAACUGAAGAUGCUGCUUAUGAGUUCCGUGUGAUUGCCAAAAAUGCUGCAGGUGCCAUUAGUCCACCAUCUGAGCCAUCAGAUGCCAUCACAUGCAGGGAUGACCUUGAAGCGCCAAGAAUAAUGGUGGAUGUUAAAUUUAAGGAUACUAUCACCUUAAAAGCUGGUGAAGCAUUCAAGCUAGAAGCUGAUGUUUCCGGUCGCCCACCUCCAACAAUGGAAUGGACUAAGGAUGGAAAGGAGCUUGAAGGCACAGGGAAAUUGGAGAUAAAAAUUGCAGACUUUUCCACUCAUCUGAUAAACAAGGAUUCAUCAAGAACAGACAGUGGGGCUUACAUCCUGACAGCAACUAAUCCUGGUGGCUUUGCCAAACACAUUUUCAAUGUCAGAGUUCUUGAUAGACCAGGACCACCUCAAGGACCUUUAGCUGUGUCUGACGUGACAUCAGAAAAGUGUGUAUUGUCAUGGUUGCCUCCACUGGAUGAUGGAGGUGCCAAAAUUGACCAUUACAUAGUACAGAAACGUGAAACCAGCAGGUUGGCAUGGACAAAUGUUGCCACAGAAGCCCAAGUCACAAAACUGAAGGUCACUAAGCUCCUGAAAGGCAAUGAAUAUAUAUUCCGUGUCAUGGCUGUAAAUAAAUAUGGAGUUGGAGAGCCACUAGAGUCAGAGCCUGUGCUUGCAGUGGAUCCCUAUGGACCACCUGACCCACCCAAGAACCCUGAAGUCACAACCAUCACCAAAGACUCCAUGGUUGUGUGCUGGGGACAUCCUGACUCUGAUGGUGGAAGUGAAAUCAUCAAUUACAUUGUGGAACGGCGUGAUAAAGCUGGCCAACGCUGGGUAAAAUGCAACAAAAAGACUCUUACUGACUUAAGAUUUAAAGUGUCUGGACUGACAGAAGGACAUGAAUAUGAGUUCAGAAUUAUGGCAGAAAAUGCAGCUGGAAUUAGUGCACCAAGUGCUACCAGCCCAUUUUACAAAGCUUGUGACACUGUGUUUAAACCUGGCCCACCAGGCAACCCACGUGUCCUUGAUACAAGCAGGUCCUCCAUUUCAAUUGCGUGGAAUAAACCUAUCUAUGAUGGAGGUUCAGAAAUCACUGGGUAUAUGGUUGAGAUUGCCCUUCCUGAAGAAGAUGAAUGGCAGGUUGUCACUCCCCCAGCUGGGCUCAAGGCAACUUCUUAUACCAUCACCAACCUCAUAGAGAAUCAGGAAUAUAAAAUCCGUAUCUAUGCCAUGAAUUCUGAAGGACUUGGAGAACCAGCCCUGGUUCCUGGAACUCCAAAAGCAGAAGAUAGAAUGCUGCCUCCAGAGAUUGAACUAGAUGCUGACUUACGCAAAGUUGUUACUAUAAGAGCCUGUUGCACCCUGAGACUCUUUGUUCCCAUCAAAGGGAGACCAGCACCUGAGGUCAAGUGGGCCAGAGAGCAUGGAGAAUCUUUGGAUAAAGCCAACACAGACUCCACAAGCUCUUAUACUCUGCUUAUUGUUGGAAAUGUUAACAGAUUCGACAGUGGCAAGUACAUACUAACUGUGGAAAACAGCUCGGGCAGCAAGUCUGCAUUUGUCAAUGUUAGAGUGCUAGAUACACCAGGCCCUCCACAGAAUCUAAAGAUAAAGGAGGUCACAAAGACAUCUGUCACAUUGACAUGGGAGCCUCCUCUAAUUGAUGGAGGCUCAAAAAUAAAGAACUACAUUGUUGAGAAGCGAGAAUCCACAAGAAAGGCAUAUUCAACUGUGGCAACAAAUUGCCAUAAGACUUCCUGGAAAGUAGACCAGCUUCAAGAGGGCUGCAGUUACUAUUUCCGGGUUCUUGCUGAAAAUGAAUAUGGCAUUGGACUGCCUGCUGAAACCGCAGAGUCUGUGAAAGCAUCAGAACGACCUCUUCCUCCAGGGAAAAUAACUUUGAUGGACGUCACAAGAAACAGUGUAUCUCUCUCUUGGGAGAAGCCAGAACAUGAUGGAGGCAGCCGAAUUCUUGGCUACAUUGUAGAGAUGCAGAGCAAAGGCAGUGACAAAUGGGCCACAUGUGCCACAGUGAAAGUCACCGAAGCUACCAUCACUGGAUUGAUCCAGGGUGAAGAAUACUCUUUCCGUGUUUCAGCUCAGAACGAAAAGGGAAUCAGUGAUCCCAGACAACUGAGUGUUCCAGUGAUUGCUAAAGACCUUGUUAUCCCACCCGCCUUCAAACUCCUCUUCAAUACUUUCACUGUACUGGCAGGUGAAGACCUGAAAAUCGAUGUACCAUUUAUUGGACGCCCAACCCCAGCUGUCACCUGGCAUAAAGAUGAGGUGCCACUGAAGCAAACAACUAGAGUAAAUGCAGAGAGCACAGAGAACAAUUCCCUACUGACGAUAAAGGAAGCCUGCCGAGAAGAUGUUGGCCAUUACACAGUUAAACUGACUAACUCUGCAGGUGAAGCUACUGAAACCCUUAAUGUUAUUGUUCUUGACAAACCAGGGCCUCCAACUGGACCAGUCAAAAUGGAUGAAGUGACAGCAGACAGUGUUACUCUUUCCUGGGAACCACCCAAGUACGAUGGAGGAAGUUCUAUCAAUAAUUAUAUUGUCGAAAAGCGGGACACAUCCACGACCACCUGGCAAAUUGUAUCAGCUACUGUGGCAAGAACAACCAUAAAGGCCUGCAGACUCAAGACUGGGUGUGAAUAUCAGUUUAGAAUUGCUGCUGAAAAUAGAUAUGGGAAGAGUACCUAUCUCAAUUCAGAGCCUGUAAUUGCCCAGUACCCAUUCAAAGUGCCAGGUCCACCUGGCACACCAUUUGUCACACUUGCCUCCAAAGACAGCAUGGAAGUACAGUGGCAUGAGCCAGUCAGUGAUGGUGGGAGCAGAGUCAUUGGCUAUCAUCUAGAGCGCAAGGAAAGAAACAGCAUCCUCUGGGUCAAGCUAAAUAAAACACCUAUUCCUCAAACCAAGUUCAAGACAACUGGCCUUGAAGAAGGCAUUGAAUAUGAAUUCAGAGUGUCUGCAGAGAACAUUGUCGGCAUUGGCAAGCCAAGUAAACCAUCAGAAUGUUACGUAGCUCGAGACCCAUGUGAUCCACCAGGACGGCCAGAGGCAAUCAUUGUUACAAGGAAUUCUGUGACUCUUCAGUGGAAGAAACCCACCUAUGAUGGUGGAAGCAAGAUCACUGGUUAUGUCGUUGAGAAGAAAGAAUUACCUGAUGGCCGCUGGAUGAAAGCCAGUUUUACAAAUAUUAUUGACACCCAGUUUGAGGUAACUGGCCUAAUUGAAGAUCACAGAUACGAAUUCAGGGUUAUAGCUCGAAAUGCUGCAGGAGUGUUCAGUGAGCCCUCAGAAAGCACUGGGGCAAUAACAGCAAGAGAUGAGGUAGAGCCACCGAGAAUAAGCAUGGACCCCAAAUACAAAGACACAGUUGUGGUUCAUGCUGGUGAAUCAUUCAAAGUUGAUGCAGAUAUAUACGGCAAACCAAUACCAACCACUCAGUGGGUUAAAGGUGACCAGGAACUUUCAAGCACAGCUCGGUUAGAAAUAAAGAGCACUGACUUUGCCACCAGUCUCAGCAUCAAAGAUGCAAUACGUGUUGACAGUGGCAAUUACAUCCUGAAGGCCAAAAACGUUGCGGGAGAGAGAUCGGUUACUGUCAACGUCAAAGUUCUUGAUAGACCAGGCCCACCUGAGGGACCUGUUGCUAUAUCAGGGGUUACAGCAGAAAAAUGUACACUAGCAUGGAAACCCCCACUUCAGGAUGGUGGGAGUGAUAUCACAAAUUAUAUUGUGGAAAGGCGAGAAACCAGCCGCCUAGUCUGGACUCUGGUUGAUGCCAAUGUACAAACUCUCAGCUGCAAAGUUACAAAGCUUCUAGAAGGCAAUGAAUAUAUAUUCCGCAUAAUGGCUGUAAACAAAUAUGGUGUUGGUGAACCUCUUGAAUCUGAGCCAUUAAUUGCCAAGAAUCCAUUUGUAGUUCCAGAUGCACCCAAAGCUCCAGAAGUUACAGCUGUGACCAAAGACUCAAUGAUUGUUGUGUGGGAAAGGCCAGCAUCUGAUGGUGGCAGUGAAAUUCUAGGAUAUGUUCUAGAGAAACGGGACAAAGAAGGCAUAAGAUGGACAAGAUGUCACAAGCGUCUCAUUGGAGAACUGCGCUUGAGAGUGACUGGACUCAUAGAAAAUCACAAUUAUGAAUUCAGAGUCUCAGCCGAAAAUGCUGCUGGCCUUAGUGAACCAAGCCCCCCUUCUGCUUACCAAAAGGCUUGUGACCCCAUUUAUAAGCCAGGCCCUCCAAACAACCCCAAAGUCAUGGAUGUUACCAGAUCUUCAGUUUUCCUUUCUUGGAGCAAACCUAUAUAUGAUGGUGGCUGUGAAAUCCAAGGAUACAUUGUUGAGAAAUGUGACGUGAGUGUUGGUGAGUGGACAAUGUGUACACCACCAACUGGGAUCAAUAAAACAAAUCUAGAAGUAGAGAAGCUAUUGGAAAAGCAUGAAUACAACUUCCGGAUCUGUGCCAUUAAUAAAGCUGGAGUUGGGGAGCAUGCUGAUGUCCCUGGACCUGUAAUGGUUGAAGAAAAGCUUGAGGCACCUGAUGUAGAUCUUGACCUUGAACUAAGGAAGGUUAUUAACAUAAGGGCAGGUGGCUCCUUAAGGUUGUUUGUUCCUAUAAGAGGUCGUCCUACACCAGAAGUUAAGUGGGGGAAGGUAGAUGGUGAAAUCAGAGACUCAGCUAUCAUUGAUGUCACUAGCAGCUUCACCUCUCUUGUCCUUGAUAAUGUCAAUCGAUAUGAUAGUGGAAAAUACACUCUCACAUUGGAAAACAGCAGUGGAACGAAAUCUGCUUUUGUGACUGUGAGGGUUCUGGACACACCAAGCCCACCUGUUAACCUGAAAGUCACCGAAAUCACCAAAGACUCAGUAUCAAUUACAUGGGAACCUCCUCUGUUGGAUGGAGGUUCAAAAAUUAAAAAUUACAUUGUUGAGAAACGCGAAGCCACGAGAAAAUCAUAUGCUGCUGUUGUAACAAACUGCCAUAAGAAUUCUUGGAAAAUUGAACAACUUCAAGAAGGUUGCAGUUACUACUUCAGAGUCACCGCUGAGAACGAAUAUGGUAUUGGCCUUCCCGCCCGCACUGCAGAUCCCAUCAAGGUUGCAGAAGUCCCACAACCUCCAGGGAAAAUAACCGUGGAUGAUGUCACCAGAAACAGUGUCUCUUUGAGUUGGACAAAGCCUGAACAUGAUGGUGGCAGUAAAAUCAUUCAGUACAUUGUAGAAAUGCAAGCUAAAAACACUGAUAAGUGGUCAGAGUGUGCUAGGGUCAAGUCCCUUGAAGCAGUUAUCACCAACCUAACUCAGGGGGAAGAAUAUCUUUUCAGAGUCGUUGCUGUAAAUGAAAAAGGAAGAAGUGACCCUAGGUCCCUUGCAGUUCCAAUAGUUGCCAAAGAUCUGGUCAUUGAGCCAGAUGUAAGACCAGCAUUCAGCAGUUACAGUGUACAGGUUGGCCAAGAUUUGAAAAUAGAAGUACCAAUUUCUGGACGUCCUAAACCAACCAUUUCCUGGACUAAAGAUGGGGUGCCACUGAAGCAGACCACAAGAAUCAAUGUUACUGACUCCCUUGACCUCACCACACUCAGUAUUAAAGAAACUCAUAAGGACGAUGGUGGCCAGUAUGGAAUCACAGUUGCCAAUGUUGUUGGUCAGAAAACAGCAGCCAUUGAAAUUAUAACUUUAGAUAAACCUGAUCCUCCAAAGGGGCCUGUUAAAUUUGAUGAAGUCAGUGCUGAGAGUAUUACAUUAUCCUGGAACCCUCCCUUAUACACAGGGGGUUGCCAAAUAACCAAUUACAUUGUUCAGAAAAGAGAUACAACCACCACAGUAUGGGAUGUCGUCUCUGCUACUGUUGCCAGAACUACACUCAAAGUAACCAAAUUGAAAACUGGUACAGAAUACCAAUUCAGAAUAUUUGCUGAAAACCGAUAUGGACAGAGCUUUGCUUUAGAGUCUGAACCAAUCGUAGCUCAAUAUCCCUACAAAGAACCGGGCCCUCCAGGAACACCAUUUGUCACAGCCAUCUCCAAAGACUCUAUGGUUGUACAAUGGCAUGAACCAAUCAAUAAUGGUGGAAGCCCAGUCAUAGGUUACCACCUUGAGAGAAAGGAAAGGAAUAGUAUUUUGUGGACAAAAGUCAACAAAACCAUUAUUCAUGACACCCAGUUUAAAGCACUGAACCUUGAAGAAGGCAUCGAGUAUGAAUUUAGAGUUUAUGCUGAAAAUAUUGUUGGUGUAGGGAAGGCAAGCAAGAAUUCUGAAUGCUAUGUAGCUCGAGACCCCUGUGACCCACCAGGAACCCCAGAAGCAAUAAUAGUUAAGAGAAAUGAAAUCACUUUACAGUGGACCAAGCCUGUGUAUGAUGGUGGAAGUAUGAUUACAGGUUACAUCGUAGAGAAACGCGAUUUACCUGAGGGUCGAUGGAUGAAAGCCAGUUUCACAAAUGUCAUUGAAACUCAAUUCACUGUGUCAGGACUUACUGAAGAUCAAAGAUAUGAAUUCAGAGUCAUUGCAAAGAAUGCAGCUGGUGCAAUAAGUAAGCCCUCUGAUAGCACCGGACCAAUAACUGCCAAGGAUGAGGUUGAACUCCCACGGAUUUCAAUGGAUCCGAAGUUCAGAGACACAAUAGUGGUAAAUGCUGGAGAAACAUUCAGACUUGAGGCUGAUGUCCAUGGCAAGCCCCUACCCACCAUUGAGUGGCUAAGAGGAGAUAAGGAAAUUGAAGAAUCUGCUAGAUGUGAAAUAAAGAACACAGAUUUCAAAGCUUUGCUUAUUGUAAAAGAUGCCAUUAGAAUUGAUGGUGGACAGUAUAUUUUGAGAGCCUCUAAUGUUGCUGGUUCUAAGUCAUUCCCAGUAAAUGUGAAAGUGCUAGACAGACCAGGACCCCCAGAAGGGCCAGUUCAGGUUACAGGAGUCACAUGUGAAAAAUGCACUUUGGCAUGGUCUCCACCACUUCAAGAUGGCGGCAGUGACAUUUCUCACUAUGUUGUUGAGAAGCGAGAAACUAGUCGACUUGCAUGGACCGUAGUUGCUUCAGAAGUUGUGACUAACUCUCUGAAAGUUACCAAGCUCUUAGAGGGGAAUGAAUAUAUUUUCAGAAUAAUGGCUGUCAACAAGUACGGUAUUGGAGAGCCUUUGGAAUCUGCUCCAGUGCUCAUGAAAAAUCCAUUUGUGCUUCCUGGACCACCAAAGAGCUUGGAAGUCACAAACAUUGCCAAGGACUCUAUGACUGUCUGCUGGAAUCGACCAGACAGUGAUGGUGGAAGUGAGAUUAUUGGUUAUAUUGUGGAGAAAAGAGACAGAAGUGGUAUUCGGUGGAUAAAAUGCAACAAACGCCGCAUCACAGAUUUGCGGCUCAGGGUAACAGGAUUAACAGAAGACCAUGAAUAUGAAUUUAGAGUCUCUGCAGAAAAUGCCGCUGGGGUUGGAGAACCAAGUCCAGCUACUGUUUAUUAUAAGGCUUGUGAUCCUGUGUUCAAACCUGGCCCACCCACCAAUGCACACAUUGUAGACACCACUAAAAGUUCAAUUACACUUGCCUGGAGCAAACCUAUCUAUGAUGGUGGCAGUGAGAUCCUGGGCUACAUCGUAGAAAUCUGUAAAGCAGAUGAAGAAGAAUGGCAAGUAGUUACUCCACAGACCGGCCUGAGAGUCACUCGAUUUGAAAUUUCCAAACUCACUGAACACCAAGAAUAUAAAAUACGAGUUUGUGCCCUCAACAAAGUUGGUUUAGGUGAGGCCGCCUCAGUUCCUGGUACCGUGAAACCAGAAGAUAAACUUGAAGCUCCUGAACUUGACCUUGACUCUGAAUUAAGAAAAGGAAUUGUUGUAAGAGCUGGUGGAUCUGCCAGAAUCCACAUUCCUUUCAAAGGUCGUCCAACACCUGAGAUCACUUGGUCAAAAGAAGAAGGUGAAUUCACAGAUAAAGUCCAAAUUGAGAAGGGAAUUAACUUCACCCAACUCUCAAUAGAUAACUGUGACAGAAAUGAUGCCGGGAAAUACAUUCUCAAGUUGGAGAACAGCAGCGGGUCUAAGUCAGCUUUUGUAACUGUGAAAGUACUUGACACUCCAGGGCCCCCACAGAAUUUAGCUGUCAAGGAAGUGAGAAAAGACUCUGUCCUUCUGGUAUGGGAACCGCCUCUCAUUGAUGGUGGGGCAAAGGUCAAGAACUAUGUAAUUGACAAGCGAGAGUCAACCCGAAAGGCCUAUGCUAAUGUGAGUAGUAAGUGCAAUAAAACAAGCUUUAAAGUUGAGAAUCUGACUGAAGGAGCCAUCUAUUACUUCAGAGUCAUGGCUGAGAAUGAAUUUGGAGUUGGUGUUCCUGCAGAAACCUCUGAUGCUGUGAAGGCUUCUGAGCCUCCUUCCCCACCAGGAAAGGUAACACUCACCGAUGUGUCCCAAACCAGUGCAUCACUUAUGUGGGAGAAACCUGAACAUGAUGGUGGUAGCAGAAUCCUGGGGUAUGUGGUUGAAAUGCAGCCCAAAGGAACAGAAAAAUGGAGUGUAGUGGCUGAAUCCAAAGUCUGUAAUGCAGUUGUUACUGGCCUGAGCUCUGGACAAGAAUAUCAGUUCCGCGUCAAAGCUUACAAUGAGAAAGGAAAAAGUGACCCAAGAGUGCUUGGCGUUCCUGUCAUAGCCAAGGACUUGACUAUACAGCCUAGUUUUAAGUUACCAUUUAAUACAUACAGUGUCCAAGCAGGAGAGGAUCUGAAAAUAGAAAUUCCAGUCAUAGGCCGACCAAGACCGAAAAUUUCUUGGGUCAAAGAUGGUGAGCCCCUUAAACAGACCACAAGAGUAAAUGUUGAAGAAACAGCUACUUCGACUAUUUUACAUAUUAAAGAGAGUAGCAAAGAUGACUUUGGAAAAUACAGUGUCACGGCAACAAACAGCGCAGGCACAGCAACAGAAAACCUCAGCAUUAUUGUUUUGGAAAAGCCUGGCCCUCCAGUUGGACCAGUGAAGUUUGAUGAAGUUAGUGCAGACUUUGUGGUCAUAUCUUGGGAACCUCCAGCCUAUACUGGCGGGUGCCAAAUAAGCAACUACAUUGUAGAGAAGCGAGAUACUACCACCACCAACUGGCAGAUGGUGUCAGCAACAGUUGCCAGAACCACCAUUAAAAUAGGCAAACUGAAAACAGGCACUGAAUACCAGUUUAGGAUUUUUGCUGAGAACAGGUAUGGAAAGAGUGUGCCCUUGGACUCUAAACCAGUUAUUGUACAGUAUCCGUUUAAAGAACCUGGACCUCCUGGAACCCCUUUUGUGACAUCUGUCUCAAAAGAUCAAAUGCUUGUGCAAUGGCAUGAGCCAGUUAAUGAUGGAGGCAGCAAAGUUAUUGGCUACCAUCUUGAACAGAAGGAAAAGAAUAGCAUUCUGUGGGUUAAGUUGAAUAAGAUCCCCAUCCAAGACACCAAAUUCAAAACCACUGGGCUUGAUGAAGGACUUGAAUAUGAGUUUAGAGUUUCUGCUGAGAACAUUGUGGGCAUUGGCAAGCCUAGCAAAGUGUCCGAGUGCUAUGUUGCACGUGACCCAUGUGAUCCACCUGGCCGACCAGAAGCCAUUGUUAUCACAAGAAAUAGUGUCACACUCAAAUGGAAGAAACCUGCUUAUGAUGGUGGCAGCAAGAUAACUGGUUAUAUUGUAGAAAAGAAAGACCUACCUGAUGGCCGAUGGAUGAAAGCCAGCUUCACCAAUGUUGUGGAAACUGAAUUUACAGUGACUGGGCUUGUAGAAGACCAAAGAUAUGAAUUUAGAGUAAUUGCAAGAAAUGCAGCUGGCAACUUUAGUGAGCCGUCUGAAAGCAGUGGUGCCAUCACUGCAAGGGAUGAAAUUGAUGCACCAAAUGCCUCACUGGACCCAAAAUAUAGAGAUGUCAUCAUUGUUCAUGCUGGAGAGACCUUUGUUCUUGAAGCUGAUAUCCGUGGCAAACCUAUACCUGAUAUAGUUUGGUCAAAAGAUGGGAACGAACUCGAAGAAACAGCUGCUCGGAUGGAAAUUAAAUCUACUCUCCAGAAAACAACCCUUGUUGUCAAAGACUGCAUCCGUACUGAUGGAGGGCAGUACACCUUGAAGCUCAGCAAUGUAGGUGGCACCAAGACCAUACCUAUCACCGUAAAGGUGCUGGAUAGGCCAGGGCCUCCUGAAGGACCUCUUAAAGUCACUGGAGUUACAGCCGAAAAGUGUUACUUGGCAUGGAACCCACCUUUGCAAGAUGGUGGUGCUAGUAUUUCACAUUACAUUAUUGAAAAGAGAGAAACAAGCAGACUCUCCUGGACCCAGGUUUCCACUGAGGUACAGGCACUUAACUACAAAGUCACUAAAUUACUUCCUGGGAAUGAGUACAUUUUCCGGGUUAUGGCAGUAAAUAAAUAUGGAAUUGGAGAGCCCCUGGAAUCUGAGCCUGUGAUAGCCUGUAAUCCUUAUAAGCUUCCAGGCCCUCCUUCAACACCAGAGGCCUCAGCAAUCACCAAAGACUCCAUGGUACUAACAUGGACACGGCCAGUGGAUGAUGGAGGUGCUGAAAUUGAGGGGUACAUUCUUGAAAAGCGAGAUAAGGAGGGAAUAAGAUGGACCAAGUGCAACAAGAAAACAUUAACAGAUCUUCGGUUCAGGGUAACUGGUCUCACAGAAGGCCAUUCCUAUGAAUUCAGAGUUGCCGCUGAGAAUGCAGCUGGUGUUGGGGAACCCAGUGAGCCAUCUGUUUUCUUCCGGGCAUGUGAUGCCUUGUAUCCUCCAGGUCCACCAAGCAACCCCAAAGUGACAGAUACCUCCAGAUCUUCUGUCUCGCUAGCAUGGAAUAAGCCCAUUUAUGAUGGCGGUGCACCUGUUAGAGGCUAUGUUAUUGAGCUCAAGGAAGCUGCUGCUGAUGAAUGGACUACCUGUACUCCACCAACAGGAUUGCAAGGGAAGCAGUUCACAGUGACCAAGCUGAAAGAGAAUACCGAGUACAACUUCCGUAUCUGUGCUUUCAAUACUGAAGGUGUAGGUGAACCUGCCACGAUCCCCGGCUCCGUUGUUGCUCAGGAGAGGGCAGAGCCACCAGAAAUAGAACUUGAUGCUGAUCUCAGAAAGGUGGUCACUCUUCGUGCAAGUGCCACUCUGCGCUUAUUUGUCACUAUCAAAGGCCGGCCAGAACCUGAAGUUAAAUGGGAAAAGGCUGAAGGCAUUCUCACAGAGAGGGCCCAGAUUGAGGUGACUAGUUCAUAUACGAUGCUGGUGAUUGACAAUGUGACCAGAUUUGACAGCGGUCGAUACAACCUCACCCUAGAAAACAACAGUGGCUCCAAGACGGCUUUUGUCAAUGUCAGAGUUCUUGACUCACCAAGUGCACCUGUGAACCUGACUGUGAGAGAAGUGAAGAAAGACUCAGUGACACUGUCCUGGGAGCCACCACUUAUUGAUGGAGGAGCAAAGAUUACAAAUUAUAUCGUUGAGAAACGAGAAACUACAAGAAAAGCUUAUGCUACCAUUACAAACAAUUGCACUAAGAACACUUUCAAAAUUGAAAAUCUACAAGAAGGGUGCUCUUAUUACUUCCGAGUCCUGGCUUCCAAUGAAUAUGGUAUUGGUUUACCAGCUGAAACAACAGAACCUGUUAAAGUGUCUGAACCACCACUUCCCCCUGGAAGAGUGACCCUUGUAGAUGUGACCCGUAAUACAGCUACAAUUAAGUGGGAGAAGCCAGAAAGCGAUGGUGGCAGCAAAAUCACUGGUUAUGUCGUUGAAAUGCAGACAAAAGGCAGCGAAAAGUGGAGCACAUGCACACAAGUGAAGACACUGGAGGCAACCAUAUCUGGCCUAACUGCGGGAGAAGAAUAUGUCUUCAGAGUAGCUGCAGUUAAUGAAAAAGGAAGAAGUGACCCAAGACAGCUUGGAGUGCCAGUCAUUGCAAAAGAUAUUGAAAUAAAGCCUUCGGUUGAGCUUCCUUUCAAUACUUUCAAUGUUAAGGCUAAGGACCAACUCAAAAUUGACAUCCCAUUCAAAGGAAGACCUCAGGCUACUGUGACCUGGCAAAAAGACGGUCAGGUUCUUAGAGAGACAACUAGAGUCAACGUGUCUUCCACGAAGACUGUAACAACGCUAUCUAUUAAAGAAGCUUCAAGAGAAGAUGUUGGAACUUACGAAUUGUGCGUUUCCAAUACUGCUGGAUCCAUAACAGUUCCUAUUACUGUCAUUGUCCUUGACAGGCCAGGACCUCCAGGACCCAUACGCAUUGAUGAAGUUAGUUGUGACAAUGUGUCCAUUUCUUGGACUCCUCCAGAAUAUGAUGGUGGCUGCCAAAUUAGCAACUAUAUUGUUGAGAAGAGGGAAACCACUUCUACAACAUGGCAGGUAGUUUCACAGGCAGUGGCAAGAACGUCCAUUAAAAUAGUCCGCUUGACAACAGGAAGUGAGUAUCAGUUCCGUGUUUGUGCAGAGAAUCGGUAUGGAAAGAGCUCCUACAGCGAAUCAUCAGCUGUUGUUGCUGAGUAUCCAUUCAGCCCCCCAGGGCCUCCUGGUACUCCUAAAGUUGUGCAUGCCACAAAAUCCACCAUGGUUGUAAGCUGGCAGGUGCCGGUUAAUGACGGAGGAAGCCAAGUCAUUGGCUAUCACCUUGAAUACAAAGAAAGAAGCAGCAUUCUCUGGUCAAAGGCAAACAAAGUGCUCAUUGCAGAUACUCAGAUGAAGGUCUCCGGUCUUGAUGAGGGGCUGAUGUAUGAGUACCGUGUAUAUGCUGAGAAUAUUGCUGGAAUUGGCAAAUGCAGUAAAGCAUGUGAACCAGUCUCUGCAAGAGAUCCUUGUGACCCUCCUGGACAACCUGAAGUUACCAAUAUCACAAGGAAAUCAGUGUCUCUUAAGUGGUCUAAACCACGUUAUGAUGGUGGAGCUAAGAUCACUGGAUACAUUGUUGAACGCAGAGAACUUCCUGACGGCAGGUGGCUGAAAUGCAACUUCACUAAUGUACAGGAAACAUACUUUGAAGUAACUGAGCUCACUGAAGACCAGCGUUAUGAAUUCCGGGUUUUUGCAAGAAAUGCUGCUGAUUCAGUUAGUGAACCAUCUGAAUCCACUGGACCUAUUACAGUGAAAGAUGACGUUGAAGCACCUAGAAUUAUGAUGGAUGUCAAAUUCCGAGAUGUCAUUGUUGUCAAAGCUGGAGAAGUCCUUAAGAUAAAUGCAGACAUUGCGGGGCGACCUCUGCCAGUAAUUUCCUGGGCCAAAGAUGGGGUAGAAAUUGAGGAAAGGGCAAAAACAGAAAUUGUCUCAACAGACUAUAAUACCACAUUAACAGUUAAAGACUGUGUAAGACGAGACACUGGACAGUAUGUACUUACACUGAAGAAUGUUGCAGGAACAAAAACUAUGGCAGUUAAUUGUAAAGUACUUGAUAAACCUGGCCCACCAGCAGGACCACUUGAAAUAACUGGUCUUACUGCUGAGAAGUGCUCUCUUUCCUGGGGACGUCCCCAAGAAGAUGGUGGUGCAGAUAUUGACUACUACAUUGUAGAAAAGCGUGAAACAAGCCGCCUCGCAUGGACAAUAUGUGAAGCAGAGUUGAGGACAACAUCUUGUAAGGUGACCAAGCUACUCAAAGGCAACGAAUAUAUCUUUAGAGUAACUGGGGUUAAUAAAUACGGUGUCGGGGAGCCUCUAGAAAGUGUGCCUGUGAAGGCACUAGAUCCGUUCACCAUUCCUAGUCCACCCACAUCUUUGGAAAUCACAUCUGUGACCAAAGAUUCCAUGACACUUUGCUGGUCAAGACCUGAGACUGAUGGAGGCAGUGACAUCUCCGGAUACAUAAUUGAAAGACGUGAGAAGAACAGCCUACGGUGGAUGCGUGUGAAUAAAAAACCAGUUUAUGAUCUGAGAGUGAAGUCAACAGGACUCCGGGAAGGAUGCGAAUAUGAGUAUCGGGUUUUUGCAGAAAACGCUGCUGGCCUAAGUCUUCCAAGUGAAACAUCUCCCUUAGUUCGAGCAGAAGACCCAGUGUUCCUGCCUUCUCCUCCAUCCAAACCCAGAAUUGUAGACUCAAGCAAGACAACUAUCACCAUCGGUUGGGUUAAGCCUUUGUUUGAUGGUGGGGCUCCAAUAACAGGAUAUACGGUAGAAUACAAAAGGUCUGAUGAAACUGACUGGAAAGCUGCCAUUCAGAGUUUCAGAGGCACAGAAUAUACAAUGAGUGGGCUAACAACCGGAGCUGAAUAUGUUUUCAGAGUGAGGUCUGUCAAUAAGGUUGGUGCCAGUGACCCCAGUGAUAGCUCUGACCCCCAGGUAGCAAAAGAAAGAGAAGAAGAACCUGUAUUUGAUGUUGACAGUGAAAUGAGGAAGACUUUGGUUGUCAAGGCUGGCUCCUCAUUUACCAUGACUGUUCCUUUCAGAGGAAGACCAAUACCCAAUGUCUCGUGGAGUAAGCCUGACACUGACCUCCGCACUAGAGCGUACAUUGAUUCCACAGAUUCUCGUACAUCUCUUACUAUUGAAAAUGCCAGCAGAAACGAUUCUGGAAAAUACACACUAACAAUUCAGAAUGUUUUGAGUGCUGCUUCGAUGACCUUCAUUGUCAAAGUUUUAGAUUCCCCAGGUCCUCCAGCCAAUAUUACUGUACAUGAAGUAACCAAGGAGACUGCUAUGCUGUCCUGGGAUGUUCCUGAAAAUGAUGGUGGAGCACCAGUGAAGAAUUACCACAUAGAAAAACGUGAGGCCAGCAAGAAGGCGUGGGUAUCUGUCACUAACAACUGCAACCGCCUCUCUUACAAAGUAACCAACUUACAAGAAGGAGCUAUUUACUACUUCAGAGUGUCUGGAGAAAACGAGUUUGGUGUUGGUGUGCCAGCUGAAACGAAAGAAGGUGUCAAAAUAACAGAAAAACCAAGCCCACCAGAAAAACUUGGAGUAACAAGUGUAUCCAAAGACAGUGUUUCACUGAGCUGGUUGAAGCCAGAACAUGAUGGUGGAAGCAGAAUCGUACACUAUGUUGUUGAAGCACUGGAAAAAGGACAGAAAAACUGGGUUAAAUGUGCCGUGGUGAAAACAACCCAUCAUGUUGUUUCUGGUCUGAGAGAGAAUCAUGAAUACUUCUUCCGGGUCUUUGCAGAAAACCAAGCUGGUCUGAGUGACCCAAGAGAGCUCCUACUUCCUGUCCUCAUAAAGGAUCAGCUAGAACCACCUGAAAUUGAUAUGAAGAAUUUCCCAAGUCACACUGUGUAUGUCAGAGCUGGUUCCAACCUUAAAGUUGACAUUCCAAUUUCUGGAAAACCACUACCCAAAGUGACCUUAUCAAGAGAUGGCAUGCCCCUGAAGGCAACCAUGAGAUUUAAUACUGAGAUAACUGCUGAGAACCUGACCAUCAAUCUUAAAGAAAGUGUUACCACUGAUGCUGGAAGGUAUGAGAUCACUGCUGCCAACUCCAGUGGAACCACCAAAACUUUCAUUAACAUCAUUGUCCUGGACAGGCCUGGUCCUCCUACUGGCCCCGUUGCCAUUAGCGAUAUCACUGAAGAAAGUGUGACUCUCAAAUGGGAGCCACCAAAGUAUGAUGGUGGAAGCCAUGUUACCAAUUACAUUGUACUGAAGAGAGAAACAAGUACAGCAGUGUGGUCUGAAGUGUCAGCAACAGUGGCAAGAACCAUGAUUAAAGUCAUGAAACUGACCACAGGAGAAGAAUACCAAUUCCGAAUCAAGGCAGAAAAUCGCUUCGGCAUCAGUGAUCACAUAGAUUCAGCUUGCAUAGUUGUCAAACUACCAUACACAACACCUGGACCACCAUCUACACCCUGGGUAUCUAAUGUUACUCGAGAAAGCAUCACUGUGGGCUGGCAUGAACCAGUGUCCAAUGGAGGCAGUGCAGUCAUAGGCUAUCACUUGGAAAUGAAAGACAGAAAUAGUAUUUUGUGGCAAAAAGCCAACAAAAUGAUCAUCCGUACAACUCACUUCAAAGUCACAACAAUCAGUGCUGGACUUAUUUAUGAAUUCAGGGUAUAUGCUGAAAAUGCUGCUGGUAUUGGAAAACCCAGCCAUCCUUCUGAACCAGUCUUGGCUAUUGAUGCCUGUGAACCUCCAAGAAAUGUUCGGAUCACUGAUAUUUCAAAGAACUCUGUCAACCUUUCUUGGCAACAACCAGCUUUUGAUGGAGGAAGCAAGAUUACAGGCUACAUUGUUGAGAGGCGUGACCUUCCAGAUGGGAGAUGGACCAAGGCCAGCUUCACCAAUGUUAUUGAGACUCAAUUCACCGUCUCUGGCUUGACUCAGAAUUCCCAGUAUGAAUUCCGGGUCUUUGCUAGAAAUGCCGUUGGUUCCAUCAGCAAUCCAUCUGAGGUUGUAGGCCCCAUCACAUGCAUUGACUCUUAUGGUGGGCCUGUUAUUGACUUACCUCUAGAAUAUACAGAAGUUGUCAAAUAUAGAGCAGGUACAUCUGUGAGGCUCAGAGCUGGUAUUUCUGGCAAACCCGAGCCUACAAUUGAGUGGUACAAGGAUGAUAAAGAAUUACAAACCAAUGCAUUGGUGUGUGUUGAAAAUAGCACAGACCUCGCAUCUAUACUCAUCAAGGAUGCCAACCGCCUUAAUAGUGGAAGCUAUGAAUUAAAACUAAGGAAUGCCAUGGGUUCAGCCUCAGCUACCAUCAGAGUGCAGAUCCUCGACAAACCAGGACCUCCAGGUGGGCCAAUUGAAUUUAAGACUGUCACUGCAGAAAAGAUAACUCUGCUCUGGAGGCCUCCAGCUGAUGAUGGUGGUGCGAAGAUCACUCACUACAUCGUGGAAAAACGUGAGACAAGCCGAGUUGUGUGGUCUAUGGUGGCUGAAAAUCUGGAAGAGUGCAUUAUUACAACUACCAAAAUUAUCAAAGGGAAUGAGUACAUCUUCCGAGUCCGAGCUGUGAACAAAUAUGGAAUUGGCGAGCCACUGGAAUCUGAUCCAGUUGUAGCCAAGAAUGCCUUUGUUACACCUGGACCACCAAGCAUACCAGAAGUGACAAAGACUACCAAGAAUUCGAUGACUGUUGUCUGGAACAGGCCAACUGUAGAUGGUGGUAGUGACAUAAAUGGCUAUUUCCUUGAAAAACGAGACAAGAAGAGUCUGGCAUGGCUUAAAGUACUAAAGGAGACAAUUCGUGACACCAGACAAAAGGUGACAGGACUCACUGAAAACAGUGACUAUCAAUACCGAGUCUGUGCUGUAAAUGCUGCUGGAAUGGGUCCAUUCUCUGAACCAUCUGACUUCUACAAGGCUGCUGAUCCUAUUGAUCCUCCAGGCCCACCUGCCAAGAUAAGAAUUGCAGAUUCAACUAAAUCAUCCAUCACUCUUGGCUGGAGUAAACCUGUCUAUGAUGGGGGCAGUGAUAUUACUGGAUAUGUUGUUGAGAUGAGACAAGGAGAGGAGGAGGAAUGGACUAUUGUCUCUACCAAAGGAGAGGUCAGAACUACAGAAUAUGUGGUAUCUAAUCUGAAACCUGGAGUCAAUUACUACUUCCAAGUAUCAGCAGUCAAUUGCGCUGGCCAGGGAGAACCUAUAACAAUGACUGAACCUGUACAGGCUAAAGACAUCCUUGAGGAACCAGAAAUCGACCUAGAUGUGGCUCUCAGAACAUCUGUCAUAGCUAAAGCUGGCGAAGAUGUGCAAAUAUUGAUUCCCUUUAAAGGCAGGCCUCCCCCUACUGUCACUUGGAGGAAAGAUGACAAGAAUCUUAGCAGUGAUGCCAGAUACAACAUCCAAAACACUGAUUCAUCGUCCUUACUUGUUAUUCCUCAAGUUACUCGCAAUGACACAGGAAAAUACAUCCUGACAAUAGAAAAUGGAGUGGGCCAACCAAAGUCUUCCACUGUGAGUGUUAAAGUACUCGAUACACCAGCUGCCUGCCAGAAGCUACAGGUGAAACAUGUUUCCCUAGGCACAGUCACAUUGCUAUGGGAUCCUCCUCUCAUUGACGGAGGAUCUCCCAUCAUUAAUUACGUCAUUGAAAAGAGAGAUGCCACAAAGAGAACAUGGUCUGUUGUGUCACACAAGUGUUCCGGCACAUCCUUUAAGGUAACAGACUUAUCGGAGAAAACGCCAUUCUUCUUCAGAGUUCUUGCAGAAAACGAAAUUGGAAUUGGUGAGCCCUGUGACACUACAGAGCCUGUGAAGGCUGCGGAGGUACCAGCACCUAUCCGUGAUCUCUCAAUGAAAGAUUCUACAAAGACAUCUGUUGUCCUGAGCUGGACCAAACCUGACUUUGAUGGUGGGAGCAUCAUCACAGACUAUGUUGUGGAAAGGAAAGGCAAAGGUGAACAAGCAUGGUCCCAUGCUGGCAUCAGUAAGACCUGCGAAAUUGAGAUUGGACAGCUUAAAGAGCAAUCAGUCUUGGAAUUCCGAGUGUCUGCUAGAAAUGAGAAAGGACAGAGCGACCCUGUCACUAUUGGGCCACUUACAGUGAAAGAGCUUGUAAUUACGCCUGAAGUUGACUUGUCAGAAAUCCCUGGGGCACAGAUAUCUGUGAGAAUUGGACAUAAUGUACAUCUUGAGUUACCUUAUAAAGGAAAACCCAAGCCAUCCAUCAGUUGGCUAAAAGAUGGUUUGCCCCUGAAAGAAAGUGAAUAUGUUCGUUUCAGUAAAACAGAAAACAAAAUUACCUUGAGUAUUAAGAAUGUAAAGAAGGAGCAUGGAGGGAAAUACACUGUUAUUCUUGAUAAUGCAGUAUGUAGAAACUCAUUUCCCAUUACAAUCAUCACCCUUGGCCCACCAUCAAAGCCCAAAGGACCCAUUCGAUUUGAUGAAAUCAAGGCUGACAGUGCGAUCAUGUCAUGGGACAUACCUGAAGAUGAUGGAGGAGGAGAAAUUACUUGUUAUAGCAUUGAGAAGCGGGAAGCUUCACAAACUAAUUGGAAGAUGGUGUGUUCAAGUGUUGCCAGAACAACUUUCAAAGUUUCCAAUCUGGUCAAAGAUUCUGAAUACCAGUUUAGGGUUAGAGCAGAAAAUAGAUAUGGAGUUAGUGAGCCACUUGUCUCAAAUAUUAUCGUGGCAAAACACCAAUUCAGGAUUCCUGGCCCCCCAGGAAAGCCAGUAAUAUACAAUGUGACCUCAGAUGGCAUGUCACUAACUUGGGAUGCACCAGUUUAUGAUGGUGGUUCAGAAGUCACUGGAUUCCAUGUUGAAAGGAAAGAAAGAAACAGCAUCCUCUGGCAAAGGGUUAACACAUCACCAAUAUCUGGGAGAGAAUAUAGAGCUACUGGCUUAAUAGAGGGACUGGACUACCAAUUCCGUGUAUAUGCUGAGAAUUCUGCUGGUCUAAGCUCACCAAGUGACCCAAGCAAGUUUACAUUAGCUGUUUCUCCAGUAGACCCACCUGGCACUCCUGAUUACAUUGAUGUCACUCGGGAAACCAUCACCCUUAAAUGGAAUCCACCAUUACGUGAUGGGGGAAGUAAGAUAGUGGCCUACAGCAUUGAGAAACGGCAAGGAAAUGAUCGCUGGGUUCGAUGCAACUUCACUGAUGUCAGUGAAUGUCAGUAUACUGUUACAGGACUUAGUCCUGGGGAUCGAUAUGAGUUCAGAAUAAUUGCAAGAAAUGCUGUCGGAACUAUAAGCCCUCCCUCACAGUCUUCUGGCCUCAUCAUGACAAGAGAUGAAAAUGUUCCACCAACAGUAGAGUUUGGCCCUGAGUACUUUGAUGGUCUUGUUAUUAAAUCUGGAGACAGCCUUAGAAUCAAAGCUUUGGUUCAAGGGCGACCAGUACCACGAGUAACUUGGUUCAAAGAUGGAAUUGAAAUUGAGAGAAAAAUGAACAUAGAAAUAACUGAUGUUCUUGGCUCUACCAGCCUCUUUGUUAGAGAUGCAACUCGAGAUCAUCGUGGUGUUUAUACAGUGGAAGCCAAAAAUGUAUCUGGUUCCACAAAAGCAGAAAUCACAGUGAAAGUGCAAGAUACACCAGGAAAAGUGGUUGGGCCAAUAAGAUUCACUAAUAUUACUGGUGAGAAGAUGACCUUGUGGUGGGAUGCACCACUCAAUGAUGGUUGUGCUCCUGUCACCCACUACAUCAUUGAAAAACGUGAAACCAGCAGACUUGCUUGGGCAUUAAUUGAGGAUAACUGCGAAGCCCACAGUUACACUGCCAUUAAACUCAUAGCUGGCAAUGAAUAUCAGUUCCGUGUCUCUGCAGUGAACAAGUUUGGUGUUGGCAGGCCACUGGAGUCUGACCCUGUGGUUGCUCAAAUACAAUAUACUGUUCCAGAUGCCCCUGGAAUUCCAGAACCCAGUAAUGUAACAGGCAAUAGCAUUACACUGACUUGGACAAGGCCAGAAUCAGAUGGUGGCAAUGAGAUUCAACACUACAUCCUUGAAAGAAGAGAAAAGAAAAGCACAAGAUGGGUAAAAGUUAUCAGUAAACGACCAAUCUCUGAGACAAGAUUCAAAGUCACUGGUCUGGUAGAAGGCAACGAGUAUGAAUUCCAUGUCAUGGCUGAAAAUGCUGCGGGCGUUGGGCCAGCAAGUGGAAUCUCAAGACUAAUCAAAUGCAGAGAGCCUGUUAACCCACCAAGUGCCCCUGCAGUGGUCAAAGUGACAGACACAUCAAAGACAACUGUGAGCUUAGAAUGGGCCAGGCCAGUCUUUGAUGGCGGGAUGGAAAUAAUUGGGUACAUAAUAGAAAUGUGCAAAGCUGACUUAGGGGACUGGCACAAAGUAAACAUGGAGCCAUGUGUAAAAACAAGGUACACAGUCACCGAUCUACAGGCAGGGGAAGAAUACAAAAUCCGGGUUAGUGCUAUCAAUGGUGCUGGGAAAGGAGACAGCUGUGAGGUGACCGGUACAAUAAAAGCAGUUGAUCGGUUAUCCGCUCCUGAGUUAGACAUAGAUGCAAACUUCAAGCAGACUCACAUUGUUAGAGCGGGAGCUAGCAUUCGCCUCUUCAUUGCCUACCAGGGAAGACCUACUCCUACAGCUGUGUGGAGCAAGCCUGACUCUAACCUUAGCAUUCGGGCUGAUAUCCACACAACAGAUUCCUUCAGCACCCUCACUGUGGAAAAUUGCAACAGAAAUGAUGCAGGGAAAUACACACUCACAGUGGAAAACAACAGUGGUAGAAAAUCGAUAACAUUCACCGUGAAGGUGCUAGAUUCUCCAGGACCACCUGGUCCAAUUACCUUCAAAGACGUUACCCGGGGAUCUGCCACACUAAUGUGGGAUGCCCCUCUCCUUGAUGGUGGUGCCCGAAUCCAUCACUAUGUGAUAGAGAAACGAGAAGCGAGUCGCCGUAGCUGGCAGGUUGUCAGUGAAAAAUGCACUCGCCAGAUCCUUAAGGUCAGCGAUCUGACAGAGGGUGUUCCAUACUAUUUCCGUGUUUCUGCUGAAAAUGAGUAUGGUGUUGGUGAACCCUAUGAAAUGCCAGAACCAAUUGUAGCCACAGAACAGCCUGCCCCACCUAGGAGACUUGAUGUCGUGGACACUAGCAAAUCCUCUGCAGUCUUGGCUUGGCUUAAACCUGACCACGAUGGAGGUAGUCGGAUCACUAGCUACCUGCUGGAAAUGAGACAAAAGGGAUCUGAUUUCUGGGUCGAAGCUGGCCACACCAAACAGCUGACUUUCACAGUGGAGCGCCUCGUUGAGAAUACUGAAUAUGAAUUCCGAGUGAAAGCCAAGAACGAUGCUGGUUAUAGUGAACCCAGAGAAGCCUUCUCAUCUGUCAUCAUCAAGGAGCCUCAGAUUGAGCCCACUGCUGAUCUCACUGGAAUCACCAAUCAGCUCAUAACUUGCAAAGCUGGAAGCACAUUUACCAUUGAUGUGCCAAUCAGUGGUCGUCCUGCCCCCAAAGUAACAUGGAAACUAGAAGAAAUGAGACUCAAGGAGACAGAUCGAAUGAGCAUCACAACAACAAAAGACAGGACCACCCUGACCGUAAAGGACAGCAUGAGAGGUGACUCUGGCAGAUACUUCCUGACCCUGGAAAAUACAGCUGGUGUUAAAACAUUUACUAUCACAGUUGUGGUCAUUGGAAGGCCAGGGCCAGUAACUGGUCCCAUUGAGGUAUCAUCUGUCUCGGCUGAAUCAUGUGUCCUAUCAUGGACUGAACCCAAAGACGAUGGUGGCACUGACAUUACUAAUUACAUAGUUGAAAAGCGUGAGUCGGGUACAACAGCCUGGCAGCUUGUCAACUCCAGUGUGAAGCGCACUCAGAUUAAAGUCACUCACCUCACAAAAUACAAAGAAUACUGUUUCCGGGUCAGUUCAGAGAACAGAUUUGGGGUCAGCAAGCCUCUAGAAUCAGCACCAAUUGUUGCUGAACACCCAUUUGUUCCACCAAGUGCUCCUACCAGACCUGAAGUCUACUAUGUGUCUGCCAAUGCCAUGUCAAUUCGCUGGGAAGAACCUUACCAUGAUGGUGGCAGUAAAAUCGUUGGCUAUUGGGUUGAGAAGAAAGAACGUAACACCAUUCUUUGGGUGAAAGAAAACAAAGUACCAUGUUUGGAGUGCAACUACAAAGUGACAGGCUUAGUAGAAGGACUGGAGUAUCAGUUCAGAACAUAUGCACUUAAUGCUGCAGGUGUCAGCAAGGCCAGUGAAGCUUCAAGACCUAUCAUGGCUCAAAACCCAGUUGAUCCACCAGGUAGACCAGAAGUGACAGAUGUCACAAGAUCAACAGUGUCUCUAAUUUGGUCCGCCCCAGUCUAUGACGGAGGCAGCAAAGUUGUGGGCUACAUCAUAGAACGGAAGCCAGUCAGCCAAGUUGGAGAUGGUCGCUGGCUAAAGUGCAACUAUACCAUCGUCUCUGAUAAUUUCUUCACUGUAACUGCUCUCAGUGAAGGGGACACUUAUGAAUUCCGUGUCUUGGCCAAGAAUGCAGCAGGUGUGAUUAGCAAAGGCUCUGAAUCUACAGGCCCUGUCACUUGCCGAGAUGAAUACGCUCCACCCAAAGCUGAAUUAGACGCCAGGUUACAAGGUGAUCUGGUGACCAUCAGAGCAGGUUCAGAUCUUGUUCUUGAUGCUGCUGUUGGUGGCAAACCUGAACCCAAAAUCAUCUGGACCAAAGGAGACAAGGAACUAGAUCUCUGUGAAAAGGUGUCUCUACAGUACACUGGCAAGCGGGCAACUGCUGUGAUCAAAUACUGUGACAGAAGUGACAGUGGAAAAUACACAUUGACAGUAAAGAAUGCCAGUGGCACCAAGUCUGUGUCUGUCGUGGUCAAAGUUCUUGAUUCCCCUGGCCCAUGUGGAAAACUCACUGUCAGCAGAGUGACCGAGGAGAAGUGCACAUUAGCCUGGAGCCUUCCUCAGGAAGACGGAGGAGCAGAAAUAACUCACUACAUUGUAGAGAGACGGGAGACUAGCAGGCUCAAUUGGGUGAUUGUUGAAGGAGAAUGCCUAACUGUAUCCUACGUGGUUACCAGACUCAUCAAGAACAAUGAAUACACAUUCCGAGUGAGGGCAGUGAACAAAUACGGCCUUGGUGUGCCAGUUGAAUCGGAGCCAAUUGUGGCCAGAAAUUCUUUCACAAUUCCAUCACAACCUGGCAUACCAGAAGAAGUUGGGGCUGGCAAAGAGCACAUCAUUAUCCAGUGGACAAAGCCUGAAUCCGAUGGUGGCAAUGAAAUCAGCAACUACCUAGUAGACAAACGUGAGAAGAAGAGCUUGCGCUGGACACGUGUCAACAAAGACUAUGUGGUAUAUGAUACCAGGCUGAAGGUGACCAGCCUGAUGGAAGGUUGUGAUUAUCAGUUCCGGGUGACUGCAGUGAACGCUGCUGGUAACAGUGAACCCAGUGAAGCUUCCAACUUCAUCUCAUGCAGAGAGCCAUCAUACACCCCUGGACCACCUUCCGCUCCAAGAGUUGUGGAUACCACCAAGCGCAGUAUUAGCUUGACAUGGACCAAGCCCAUGUAUGAUGGUGGUGCUGACAUCAUAGGGUAUGUCCUGGAAAUGCAAGAGAAGGACACUGAUCAAUGGUGCCGAGUGCAUACAAAUGCCACACUGAGGAACAACGAAUUCACUGUGCCAGACCUUAAAAUGGGCCAGAAAUACUCGUUCAGGGUUGCUGCCGUGAAUGUGAAGGGAAUGAGUGAAUACAGUGAAGCAAUUGCUGAGAUUGAGCCCGUGGAAAGACUAGAAAUACCAGAUCUUGAGCUUGCAGAUGAUCUGAAGAAGACCGUUACUAUCAGGGCUGGAGCUUCAUUGCGCCUGAUGGUGUCUGUAUCUGGAAGACCAUCUCCUGUCAUCACAUGGAGCAAGAAAGGCAUUGACCUUGCCAGUCGGGCAAUUAUUGACAACACAGAGAGCUACUCUUUACUCAUUGUGGACAAAGUUAAUCGGUAUGAUGCUGGAAAAUACACAAUUGAAGCUGAAAACCAAUCUGGCAAGAAGUCAGCAACAGUCCUUGUUAAAGUCUAUGAUACUCCUGGUCCCUGCCCUUCAGUGAGUAUUAAGGAAGUUUCAAGAGAUUCUGUGACCAUCACUUGGGAAAUCCCUACAAUUGAUGGUGGUGCUCCAGUCAACAAUUACAUUAUUGAGAAGCGAGAAGCUGCUAUGAGAGCAUUCAAAACAGUAACCACUAAAUGCAGCAAGACUCUUUACCGAAUAUCUGGACUCGUAGAAGGAACCAUGUACUACUUUAGAGUGCUUCCAGAAAACAUCUAUGGUAUUGGAGAGCCCUGUGAAACAUCAGAUGCAGUUCUGAUCUCAGAAGUACCUUUGGUGCCCACAAAACUAGAAGUGGUUGACGUCACCAAAUCUACUGUCACCCUGGCCUGGGAAAAACCACUCUAUGAUGGUGGAAGCCGACUCACUGGAUAUGUUCUUGAGGCCUGCAAAGCUGGUACUGAGAGAUGGAUGAAAGUUGUCACUUUGAAACCCACCAUCUUAGAGCACACUGUUAUUUCCUUGAAUGAAGGUGAACAGUACUUGUUUAGAGUGAGGGCACAAAAUCAGAAAGGUGUGUCAGAACCAAGAGAGAUCGUCACAGCUGUGACUGUACAAGACCUCAGAGUGUUACCAACAAUUGAUCUUUCUACAAUGCCUCAAAAGACCAUCCAUGUCCCAGCUGGCAGACCAAUUGAGCUGGUGAUACCUAUUGCUGGUCGUCCACCUCCUACUGCUUCUUGGUUCUUUGCUGGUUCUAAACUGAGAGAAUCAGAACGUGUCACAGUUGAAACCCACACUAAAGUCACCAAGUUAACCAUCCGUGAAACAACUAUAAGAGAUACUGGAGAAUAUACACUCGAAUUGAAGAAUGUUACUGGGACUGCCUCAGAGACCAUUAAAGUUAUCAUUCUUGACAAGCCUGGCCCACCGACUGGGCCCAUCAAGAUCGAUGAAAUUGAUGCUACAUCUGUUACUAUAUCCUGGGAACCACCUGAAUUGGAUGGUGGUGCUCCACUCAGUGGCUAUGUAGUAGAACAACGUGAUGCCCAUCGUCCAGGAUGGCUGCCAGUUUCUGAAUCAGUGACAAGACCAACAUUUAAGUUUACCAGACUCACUGAAGGAAAUGAAUAUGUGUUCCGAGUAGCUGCAACAAACCGCUUUGGCAUUGGCUCUUUCUUGCAGUCUGAGGUUAUAGAAUGCCGAAGCAGCAUCAGUAUUCCUGGACCUCCAGAAACAUUACAGAUAUUUGAUGUCUCCCGUGAUGGCAUGACACUUACUUGGUAUCCACCUGAAGAUGACGGUGGCUCCCAAGUGACUGGAUAUAUUGUGGAACGUAAAGAAGUAAGAGCAGAUCGAUGGGUCCGUGUAAAUAAAGUACCAGUGACAAUGACACGAUACCGCUCCACUGGCCUUAUUGAAGGCUUAGAAUAUGAACACCGUGUUACAGCCAUUAAUGCAAGAGGGACUGGAAAACCAAGUCGUCCUUCCAAACCCAUUGUUGCCAUGGAUCCAAUUGCUCCACCAGGAAAGCCACAAAAUCCAAGAGUUACUGAUACAACAAGAACAUCAGUCUCCCUGGCCUGGAGUGUUCCAGAAGAUGAAGGCGGGUCUAAAGUCACAGGUUACUUGAUUGAAAUGCAAAAAGUAGAUCAACGUGAAUGGACCAAAUGUAACACCACCCCAACCAAGAUUCGGGAAUACACCCUAACACACCUACCUCAGGGCGCUGAAUAUAGAUUCCGUGUCCUAGCUUGUAAUGCUGGUGGACCUGGGGAACCUGCUGAGGUACCAGGAACAGUCAAAGUCACAGAAAUGCUUGAAUACCCUGACUAUGAACUUGAUGAAAGAUACCAGGAAGGUGUCUUUGUUCGACAAGGUGGAGUCAUCAGACUUACCAUACCAAUCAAAGGAAAACCAUUCCCAAUAUGUAAAUGGACCAAGGAAGGCCAAGAUAUUAGUAAGCGUGCCAUGAUUGCAACAUCUGACACACAUACUGAGCUUGUGAUCAAAGAAGCAGACAGAGAUGAUUCUGGAACUUAUGACCUUGUUCUGGAGAACAAAUGUGGCAAGAAGACCGUUUACAUCAAGGUCAAAGUGAUAGGAAGCCCCAACACUCCAGAAGGGCCACUUGAAUAUGAUGACAUACAAGCUCGCUCUGUAAGGGUCAGCUGGAGACCUCCUGCUGAUGAUGGUGGUGCUGACAUCUUGGGCUACAUCCUUGAGAGAAGAGAGGUACCUAAGGCUGCCUGGUAUACCAUUGACUCCAGAGUCCGAGGCACAUCUCUGGUGGUAAAGGGCCUCAAAGAAAAUGUGGAAUAUCACUUCCGUGUUUCAGCAGAAAACCAGUUUGGCAUAAGCAAACCCUUGAAAUCUGAGGAGCCAGUCAUACCAAAAACACCACUGAACCCACCAGAACCUCCAAGCAAUCCUCCUGAAGUACUUGAUGUGACCAAAAGUUCUGUUAGCUUGUCCUGGUCCCGACCUAAAGAUGACGGUGGCUCUCGAGUCACAGGCUACUACAUUGAACGCAAGGAAACAUCCACUGACAAGUGGGUCAGACACAACAAAACCCAGAUAACCACCACGAUGUACACUGUCACCGGCCUCGUUCCUGAUGCCGAAUAUCAAUUCCGUAUCAUUGCACAGAACGAUGUUGGCCUUAGUGAGACCAGCCCUGCUUCUGAACCAGUUAUUUGUAAAGAUCCCUUUGACAAGCCAAGCCAACCAGGAGAACUUGAGAUUCUUUCAAUAUCCAAAGACAGUGUCACUCUCCAGUGGGAGAAACCUGAAUGUGAUGGUGGCAAAGAAAUCCUUGGAUACUGGGUUGAGUAUAGACAGUCUGGAGACAGUGCUUGGAAGAAGAGCAACAAGGAGCGGAUCAAGGACAGGCAGUUCACCAUUGGGGGUUUGCUAGAAGCUACUGAAUAUGAGUUCAGGGUCUUUGCAGAGAAUGAAACUGGACUUAGCCGACCCCGGAGAACAGCUAUGUCUGUAAAGACAAAACUAACAUCUGGAGAAGCCCCAGGAAUACGCAAAGAAAUGGCUGAUGUGACCACCAAAUUAGGUGAAGCUGCUCAACUCUCAUGCCAGAUUGUUGGAAGGCCUCUCCCUGACAUUAAAUGGUACCGGUUUGGUAAAGAGCUCAUACAAAGCCGGAAGUACAAAAUGUCUUCAGACGGGCGCACACAUACUCUAACAGUGAUGACAGAGGAACAAGAAGAUGAAGGUAUUUACACAUGUGUAGCUACAAAUGAAGUUGGAGAAGUAGAAACCAGCAGUAAGUUGCUUCUGCAAGCAGCACCACAGUUCCACCCUGGUUAUCCACUGAAAGAGAAGUAUUAUGGUGCCGUGGGUUCCACACUUCGGCUCCAUGUAAUGUACAUUGGUCGUCCAGUACCCGCCAUGACUUGGUUCCAUGGCCAGAAACUUUUGCAAAACUCAGAAAACAUUACUAUUGAAAACACUGAGCACUACACUCACCUUGUCAUGAAGAAUGUCCAACGUAAGACUCAUGCUGGGAAAUACAAGGUUCAGCUCAGCAAUGCCUUUGGGACAGUUGAUGCCAUCCUGGAUGUGGAAAUACAAGACAAACCAGACAAACCUACAGGACCAAUUGUGAUUGAAGCACUGCUGAAGAAUUCUGUAGUGAUCAGCUGGAAGCCACCUGCUGAUGAUGGUGGCUCCUGGAUCACCAAUUAUGUGGUGGAGAAAUGCGAGGCCAAGGAAGGUGCUGAAUGGCAAUUGGUGUCUUCAGCCAUCUCAGUGACAACCUGUAGAAUUGUGAAUCUCACAGAAAAUGCCGGCUAUUAUUUCCGGGUCUCAGCACAGAACACCUUUGGCAUCAGUGAACCACUAGAGGUCGCCUCCAUUGUGAUCAUCAAGAGUCCAUUUGAAAAACCAAGUGUUCCUGGUAGACCAACCAUCACUGCUGUCACAAAAGAUUCUUGUGUCGUGGCUUGGAAACCACCUGCAAGUGAUGGAGGUGCAAAGAUCAGAAAUUACUACCUUGAGAAGCGUGAGAAGAAGCAAAACAAGUGGAUUGCUGUGACAACAGAAGAAAUUCGAGAAACCGUCUUUUCCGUGCAAAACCUUAUUGAAGGUCUUGAAUAUGAGUUCCGUGUAAAAUGUGAAAACCUAGGUGGAGAAAGUGAAUGGAGUGAAAUAUCAGAACCUGUCACUCCAAAAUCUGAUGUACCAAUUCAGGCUCCACACUUCAAGGAGGAGCUGAGAAACCUGAAUGUACGGUAUCAAAGCAAUGCCACUUUGGUCUGCAAGGUGACCGGUCAUCCAAAGCCUAUUGUGAAAUGGUACAGACAAGGCAAAGAAAUCAUCGCAGAUGGACUCAAGUACAGAAUUCAAGAAUUUAAGGGUGGUUAUCACCAGCUCAUCAUUGCAAGUGUCACUGAUGAUGAUGCCACAGUUUACCAAGUCAGAGCCACCAACCAAGGGGGAUCCGUGUCUGGCACUGCCUCCUUGGAAGUGGAAGUUCCAGCUAAGAUACACUUGCCCAAAACACUUGAAGGCAUGGGAGCAGUUCAUGCUCUCCGAGGGGAAGUGAUCAGCAUCAAGAUCCCCUUCAGUGGCAAACCAGAUCCUGUGAUCACCUGGCAGAAAGGACAAGAUCUCAUUGAUAAUAAUGGCCACUACCAAGUGAUUGUCACAAGAUCCUUCACGUCACUUGUCUUCCCCAAUGGAGUAGAGAGAAAAGAUGCCGGCUUCUAUGUUGUCUGUGCUAAAAACAGAUUUGGAAUUGAUCAAAAGACUGUUGAACUGGAUGUGGCCGAUGUCCCUGACCCACCCAGAGGCGUCAAAGUUAGUGAUGUCUCCCGGGAUUCUGUCAACUUAACUUGGACAGAGCCAGCUUCUGAUGGUGGCAGCAAAGUCACCAACUACAUUGUUGAGAAAUGUGCAACUACUGCAGAGAGAUGGCUCCGUGUGGGACAGGCCCGAGAAACACGUUACACUGUGAUCAACUUAUUUGGAAAAACAAGUUAUCAGUUCCGAGUAAUAGCUGAAAAUAAGUUUGGCCUGAGCAAGCCUUCAGAGCCCUCAGAACCAACCGUUACCAAAGAAGAUAAGGCCAGAGCUAUGAAUUAUGAUGACGAGGUAGAUGAAACCAGAGAAGUCACCACAACUAAAGCAUCACACUCUAAAACUAAGGAACUCUAUGAGAAAUACAUGAUAGCUGAAGAUCUUGGACGUGGUGAGUUUGGAAUUGUCCACCGCUGUGUUGAAACAUCCUCGAAGAAGACAUUCAUGGCCAAAUUUGUUAAAGUCAAAGGGACUGAUCAGGUUUUGGUCAAGAAAGAGAUUUCCAUUCUAAACAUUGCUAGGCACAGAAACAUCUUAUACCUCCAUGAAUCAUUUGAAAGCAUGGAAGAAUUAGUUAUGAUCUUUGAAUUUAUAUCAGGACUCGACAUAUUUGAACGCAUCAAUACUAGUGCCUUUGAACUCAAUGAAAGAGAAAUUGUCAACUAUGUUCGUCAAGUCUGCGAAGCACUGGAGUUCUUACACAGUCAUAAUAUUGGUAACUUUGACAUUCGACCAGAAAAUAUCAUUUACCAGACAAGAAAGAACUCCACUAUUAAAAUAAUAGAAUUUGGCCAAGCACGUCAGCUGAAGCCAGGAGACAACUUCAGGCUUCUGUUCACUGCCCCUGAGUACUAUGCCCCUGAAGUCCACCAGCAUGAUGUUGUCAGCACUGCCACAGACAUGUGGUCCCUUGGUACACUGGUGUAUGUGCUGCUGAGUGGAAUCAAUCCAUUUUUAGCUGAAACUAACCAACAGAUGAUUGAGAACAUCAUGAAUGCUGAAUAUACUUUUGAUGAAGAAGCAUUCAAAGAAAUUAGCCUUGAAGCCAUGGAUUUUGUUGACCGGCUGUUGGUGAAAGAGAGAAAAUCUCGCAUGACAGCAUCUGAGGCACUGCAGCACCCAUGGCUCAAGCAAAGGAUAGACAGAGUCAGUACCAAAGUCAUCAGAACAUUGAAACACCGGCGUUACUACCAUACCCUGAUAAAGAAAGACCUCAAUAUGGUUGUUUCAGCAGCCCGGAUCUCCUGUGGUGGGGCAAUUCGAUCUCAGAGGGGAGUGAGUGUGGCUAAAGUUAAAGUAGCAUCCAUUGAAAUUGGCCCAGUCUCUGGACAGAUAAUGCAUGCCAUCGGUGAAGAAGGGGGAUAUGUCAAAUAUGUAUGCAAAAUCGAAAAUUAUGAUCAGUCUACCCAGGUGACCUGGUACUUUGGUGUGAGACAGCUGGAAAACAGUGAGAAGUAUGAAAUCACCUAUGAAGAUGGAGUGGCCACCAUGUAUGUCAAAGACAUAACCAAAUUUGAUGACGGUACCUACAGAUGCAAAGUCGUCAAUGACUACGGAGAAGAUAGCUCUUAUGCAGAACUGUUCGUUAAAGGUGUGAGGGAAGUUUAUGACUAUUACUGCCGUAGAACCAAGAGAGUCAAACGCAGAACAGAUGCCAUGCGGCUCCUUGAAAGGCCACCAGAAUUUACCCUGCCUCUCUAUAACAAGACAGCAUACGUGGGUGAAAAUGUCCGGUUUGGAGUAACUAUCACUGUCCACCCAGAACCUCGUGUGACGUGGUAUAAAUCAGGUCAGAAAAUCAAGCCAAGUGAUGAUGAAAAGAAAUACACAUUUGAGUCUGACAAGGGUCUUUAUCAAUUAACAAUCAAUAGUGUAACCACAGACGAUGAUGCUGAAUACACUGUCGUGGCAAGGAACAAAUAUGGUGAAGACAGCUGUAAAGCAAAGCUGACUGUGACUUUACAUCCACCUCCAACAGACACCACCCUCAGACCCAUGUUCAAGCGGCUACUGGCAAAUGCUGAGUGUCAUGAAGGCCAAAGUGUCUGCUUUGAGAUCAGAGUGUCUGGCAUCCCUGCACCAACAUUAAAAUGGGAGAAAGAUGGUCAGCCAUUGUCCCUUGGGCCCCACAUUGAAAUUGUUCAUGAAGGCUUAGAUUAUUAUGCCUUGCACAUAAGGGACACUUUACCUGAAGACACAGGUUAUUACAGAGUCACAGCCACAAACACAGCUGGAUCCACCAGCUGCCAGGCUCACUUACAAGUAGAACGGUUGCGAUAUGUCAAGCAGGAGUUCCAGAGUAAAGAGGAACGUGAGCGACAUGUCCAAAAACAGAUUGACAAAACACUGAGGAUGGCUGAGAUUCUUUCUGGAACAGAAACUGUGCCACUGACUCCAGUAGCCCAAGAAGCUCUGAGAGAAGCCGCCAUUCUUUACAAACCAGCUGUGAGCACCAAGACUGUCAAAGGAGAAUACAGACUUCAGACAGAGGAAAAGAAAGAGGAGAGAAAACUCCGCAUGCCUUAUGAAAUCCCAGAGCCCCGCAGGCACAAACAAGCCACAGUAGAAGAAGACCAGCGCAUCAAGCAAUUCGUGCCUAUGUCUGACAUGAAGUGGUAUAAGAAGGUCCGGGAUCAAUAUGAAAUGCCUGGGAAACUUGACAGGGUUGUCCAGAAAAGACCCAAGCGCAUCCGCCUUUCAAGAUGGGAACAGUUCUAUGUGAUGCCUCUUCCCCGAAUUACAGAUCAAUAUCGACCUAAAUGGCGGAUCCCCAAACUAUCCCAAGAUGAUCUGGAAAUGGUGAGGCCAGCCCGCCGGCGUACUCCUUCUCCUGAUUAUGAUGUUUAUUACUAUAGACGUAGGAGACGCUCUCUGGGUGACAUCUCAGAUGAGGAGCUGCUCCUCCCCAUUGAUGACUACCUGGCAAUGAAAAGAACAGAAGAAGAGAGGCUGCGUCUUGAAGAAGAACUUGAGUUGGGCUUUUCAGCUUCACCCCCCAGCCGAAGCCCUCCACGCUUUGAGCUUUCUAGCCUGCGGUAUUCGUCUCCAUCAGCUCAUGUCAAGGUGGAGGACAAGAGAAGAGACUUCAGAUACUCAACCUAUCACAUCCCUACAAAGGAGGAAACCAGCACAAGUUAUGCAGAGCUUCGGGAACGACACGCCCAGGCCUCUUACAGGCAGCCGAAGCUACGGCAGAGGAUCAUGGCUGAGAAAGAAGAUGAGGAGCUGCUGCGGCCAGUGACAACCACCCAGCGUCUCUCAGAAUACAAAAGUGAGCUUGACCACAUGUCAAAGGAAGAAAUGUCUAGAAAGAAAUCAAAGCGACAGAAACAGGUGACAGAAAUAACAGAAAUCGAAGAGGAAUACGAAAUCUCAAGACGGGCUCAAAGAGAAUCGUCCUCCUCUGUGUCCAGACUACUGAGACGCCGACGCUCCUUGUCUCCAACUUACAUCGAGUUAAUGAGACCAGUCUCAGAGCUGAUCCGAUCCCACCCACAACCUGCUGAGGAAUAUGAAGAGGACAUAGAAAGAAGAUCUCCCACUCCAGAGAGAACCCGCCCGCGUUCUCCCAGCCCUGUGUCUAGUGAGCGAUCCCUCUCAAGAUUUGAGAGGUCCGCAAGAUUUGAUAUUUUUUCCAGGUACGAGUCUAUGAAAGCUGCCUUAAAGACUCAGAAGACAUCAGAAAGGAAGUACGAAGUUUUGAGUCAACAGCCUUUCACACUUGACCACGCCCCUCGGAUCACAUUGCGGAUGCGUUCCCAUAGGGUGCCAAGUGGCCAAAAUACACGCUUCAUCUUAAACGUCCAGUCUAAGCCAACUGCUGAAGUUAAAUGGUACCACAAUGGUGUCGAACUCCAAGAGAGCAGUAAGAUUCAUUAUACCAAUACAAGUGGAGUCCUGACCUUGGAAAUUCUGGACUGUCACACUGAGGACAGUGGAACCUAUCGUGCUGUGUGCACCAACUACAAAGGUGAGGCAUCUGACUACGCAACCUUGGACGUCACUGGAGGAGAUUAUACCACCUACGCAUCCCGGCGCAGAGAUGAAGAGGUCCCCAAGUCUGUCUUCCCUGAACUGACAAAAACAGAGGCAUAUGCAGUUUCAUCGUUUAAGAGGACAUCUGAGAUGGAAGCUGCUUCUUCGGUCAGAGAAAUGAAGUCACAAAUGACGGAGACAAGGGAAAGUCUCUUGUCCUAUGAGCAUUAUACCUCCGCAGAAAUGAAAAGUGCUGCCUCUGAGCAAAAGUCACUGGAAGAAAAAUCCACUGUGAGAAAGAUUAAGACAACACUGGCGGCAAGAAUUUUAACAAAGCCACGGUCCAUAACAGUCUAUGAAGGUGAGCCUGCAAGGUUUUCUUGUGACACAGAUGGGGAGCCUGUUCCAACUGUGACCUGGCUGCGUGGAGGACAAGUGAUGAGUACUUCUUCACGCCACCAAGUGACCACCACCAAGUACAAAUCAACCUUUGAGAUUUCUUCGGUGCAGGCUUCCGAUGAGGGCAACUACAGUGUGGUGGUAGAAAACACUGAUGGGAAACAAGAGGCACAGUUCACGUUGACCGUGCAGAAGGCCAGGAUUGCUGAAAAGACUGUGACAUCACCACCCAGAGUCAAGUCCCCAGAGCCUCGAGUCAAGUCCCCAGAAACAGUGAAGUCUCCCAAAAGAGUCAAAUCUCCAGAACCAGUGACUGCUCAUCCGAAAGUUGUAUCACCCACAGAGACAAAGCCGACACAGGCAGAGAAGGCUCAACAGCUCCCAGUUUCAGCCCCACCAAAGAUAACUCAGUCCCUGAAAGCAGAAGCUUCUAAAGAUAUUGCAAAGCUGACCUGUGCCGUUGAAAGUAGUGCAUUGUGUGCAAAAGAGGUCACCUGGUAUAAAGAUGGCAAGAAACUCAAGGAAAAUGGGCAUUUUCAGUUUCACUACUCAGCAGACGGUACCUACGAACUCAAAAUCCAUAACCUUAGCGAGUCUGAUUGUGGAGAAUAUGUUUGUGAGGUCUCCGGUGAAGGAGGGACUUCCAAAACCAGCUUCCAGUUUACUGGACAAUCUUUCAAGAGCAUUCAUGAGCAGGUGUCAAGCAUAUCAGAAACUAAGAGAUCUACUCAGAAAACUGCCGAGUCAGCAGAAGCCAAGAAACAGGAACCAAAAUCUCCUGAAUCAGUUUCCUCAAAGCCAGUAAUUGUUACUGGGCUGCAAGAUAUAUCAAUUUCUUCAGACAGUGUUGCUAAAUUUACAGUUAAAGUUACUGGAGAGCCCCAGCCAACUGUCACCUGGACAAAGGAUGGAAAGGCUAUUGCACAAGGCGGUAAAUACAAACUCUCUAAAGACAAAGAUGUUUUCAUCUUAGAGAUCCUCAAGACUGAGACUUCUGAUGGCGGGCUUUAUGCCUGUGCCGUGACAAAUUCAGCUGGAUCUGUGUCCUCCAGCUGCAAGCUAACAAUAACAGCUGUAAAAGACACCGAGUCACAGAAAGUAUCUACCCAGAAGACCUCUGAAAUUACAUCUCAGAAGAAAGCAAGUGUCCAAGAGGAAAUUUCUCAAAAAGCCCUAACUUCUGAAGAAAUCAAGAUGUCAGAGGUAAAAUCUCAUGAGAAGUUAGCCAUCAAGGACUCGGAGGCAUCCAAAGUCCUGAUUUCUGAGGAGGUCAAGAAAUCUGCAGCAGCCUCCCUAGAAAAAUCCAUUGUCCACGAAGAAGUCACCAAAACCUCACAGGCAUCAGAAGAUGUCAAAACCCAUGCUGAGAUCAAAGUCUUGUCUACUCAGAUGAGCAUAAGCGAUGGCCAGAGAGUCACUCUGAAAGCCAACAUAGCUGGUGCCACCGAAGUGAAAUGGGUGCUGAACGGCAUUGAGCUUACUAACUCAGAGGAAUACAGAUAUGGAGUGUCUGGCAGUGACCAAACCCUCACCAUCAAGCAAGCCAGUCACAGAGAUGAAGGAGUCCUCACCUGCAUAGGCAAAACCAAUCAGGGAAUCGUCAAAUGUCAGUAUGACUUGACCCUGAGCAAAGAACUCUCAGAUGCUCCAGCCUUCAUCUCACAACCCAGAUCUCAAAAUGUUAAUGAAGGACAAAAUGUUCUCUUUUCUUGUGAGAUCAGUGGGGAGCCAUCCCCUGAAAUUGAGUGGUUUAAAAACAAUCUGCCGAUUUCCAUUUCUUCAAAAGUCAGUGUGAGUCGUUCCAGAAAUGUGUACACUCUUGAAAUCCGAAAUGCGUCCGUAAGUGACAGUGGAAAGUACACAAUUAAGGCCAAAAAUUUCCGUGGUCAAUGUUCAGCCACAGCUUCCCUAACAGUCCUUCCUCUAGUUGAAGAACCAUCCAGAGAGGUAGUAUUGAAAACAAGUGGUGACACAAGCUUGCAAGGAAGCUUCUCGUCUCAGUCAGUCCAAAUGUCUGCCUCUAAGCAAGAGGCGUCCUUCAGCAGCUUCAGCAGCAGCAGUGCUAGCAGCAUGACUGAAAUGAAGUUUGCAAGCAUGUCUGCCCAAAGCAUGUCCUCCAUGCAAGAGUCCUUUGUAGAAAUGAGUUCCAGCAGUUUUAUGGGGAAAUCUAGUAUGACACAACUGGAAAGCUCGACCAGUAGAAUGCUGAAAGCAGGCGGAAGAGGAAUUCCACCUAAAAUUGAGGCUCUCCCAUCUGAUAUCAGCAUCGAUGAAGGCAAAGUUCUAACAGUAGCCUGUGCUUUUACUGGGGAGCCUACUCCAGAAAUAACAUGGUCCUGUCAUGGAAGGGAGAUCCAAAACCAAGAACAGCAAGGAAGAUUCCACAUUGAAAACACAGAUGACCUGACAACCCUGAUCAUCAUGGACGUACAAAAACAAGACGGUGGACUUUAUACCCUGCACUUAGGGAAUGAAUUUGGAUCUGACUCUGCCACUGUGAAUAUUAAUAUCCGCUCUAUGUAAGAGGGCCUGGGGGCUCUUCUACUCUACACUCAUAAUCUUUCACAAAUGAUUCACAUGGACUAAUCUUUCUGGACCUGUAAAUAUUUCUAAGUAGUUUUGUAUCCAUCAAAAUGAGUCACAGUUCCAAAAAUAUGCAUUUCAAUCCUUUCAUACUUGUUGACCUGAGAAUAUUUGCUAAUGACAUGUACAUACUGUAUAUAGCCGUAUUCACGGUUAUAAAGUUUUGUACCAUUUAUUUUAUGACAUUUUACACUGUAACUUUUGAAACCAUUGGUAGGAGAAAGUUUCUUAUGGAUUAUGGAACGAAUACCCUGCCAAUACUUAAUCAAUCUUUGUGCCUCAACAUACUGUUGAUGUCUAAGUAUGCCUCAGUGGGUUGAGAAAUUCCCCACUGAAGAUGUCCUAUCCACCUAAAAGAGGAUGCUGCUGUGCAUGUCCCUGACAUGCGCACUGAUACCUAUUGAAUCAGAAAUGUAAGGCAUUGGUGAUGUUUGCAUCUACCCUCCUGUAAGCAGCACUUUAACGUCUUACAUUUUCUCUGAUGAUGUCACACUUAAAAUUAUCAUGACAAAUA